AUGCAGGUAUGAGAGAUUACAUCCUCCUUAUUGCUCCUGCUUUGGCUGCUUUUGCUGGGCAGGAAUAGGUGCUUGAGCUCUGUCUGUGGCUGAAGCAAGAGAAACAAAGAACAUGAUGAGGCAUUAAGUAAAGCAAAGAAAAGAAAAGGUGGAGUCUGAGGUGACAGGAACUGAGUUCUUUCCCACCCCUUAGGAGUGGGGGGAGAAGGGAAGGACAGUUGGAGGGGAGAUGAGGGGAGGACCGUGGCAAAUUGACAGGACUCCCGCAUGAGGACCAGCAAGAGGGGCGGCAAACUCAGUGACCGUGCCGGGCAGCAAAAACCUCAUCUACACCACUGAUGUAAGUAUCUAAUUUUCCUUCUUUUAAUAAUUUCAAUGGGGGGGGGUGACAAUAAAUUUUCCGCACUGGUGAAUUCACCUGACCUUCCUACGCCACUGGCUACUGGCAGGCCGAGGUUUGGGUGCCUGUAGCAGGUCACCAUUGCAUUGCAACCAUCGUAUCCUAGCUGAAAGGAGCCCUAGGGAACUACAUUUCCCAGGCUCCCUGCUACUGCAGAUGUUGCUGUUCAUGGGCAGUAGGUAGAGGCUCGAGAGAGAGCCGAAGUAAGACAAAGUCAGACAUUGUUGCUGUUGCUGCAUGCUGCUCCUGUCCCACCCGAAAAAAAUGACGUAGAAGUGCCUCCUCCUGCUGCCUUUUCUCACUGGAAGACACCUCUGUUGUCAUAGUUAAUGCAGAAUCAUGUCUGGUGAACCUGCUUUAUACUACUGUUAUGUUGUUGUUUGCAAACUGAAACGCCCACAAAACAGAUUAAAGUAUUUUAAUUUUUUUAAAGAGAAUUGCUAAUGGAAGUGAUUCAUUUUUAUGACUAAGAAGAUGUUCAGCUAAGACAACUUAUUCAGAGACCUGAGUUUUUUAUUCCAUUUGCUUCCAUCUUUUAUCAGCUUCCCUUCUGCCCUAGAAGGAGCUCUAACUGGGUGGUUGAAGAUAUCCUUGUGGCAUUCACUUUAGUCUCGCAACUGGGGGGUUUUUUUAUUUUUAAUUUGAAAGACUCCCACUUCAUAUAGCUGCAUCCUAUGUGGUUCUAGCAACAGAUGAACUGAGGAAAUUAACAUGGAGGACAGGUCUCCUGUGUAGUUUUUGUAUCAGAGCCACUGACCCUCAUUUUUAUGUGAGGACUACGGGAAGAUUUCCACAUAGCCUGUUCCUGCCACAUAAUUUUAAAUUCUGAAAAUCUAUCCCCACAAGCAUUUCUGAAGCUGGAUCAGUUUAUGAGUCCUGUUGCUAUUAGGAGUCACUGGGACGGAACUUGAACUCUUCCAACUGUCAGCCUGUGGAACCCAAGAUAAAAGCAAACAGUUGGCUGGCUCUCUUGGAAGUGGCAAAGAUGGCUCAGCAAAACUGAAACAGCCUCGGCAAAGAAGGCAUGUGAGAACCUUCCCUGAAGCAAGGACAGUUGAAAUUAUUUCCCUUUUAGAGUUAGAGCAGCCAUUAUUUAAACAAGGGUGGGGGGUGGAAUAGCAGGGAUUGUAAAGCCCCAUAUUUUUUGUUCUGUUUGCAUGGAGAGCUUUCUGUGGAUUUUUUUGAGAAAAGCAGAGGGGUAUCUUUAAAUUUGUCAUUUACUGGCCUUGUAAUCAAAUCAUAUAAAAUUGGAAAUGGGUGACCUCUCCAAAGUUUGUGCUGGUGAUAUGAACCCUACCAUAAGCUUUGGGUCAUCCUAAAUCAUACAUUAUCAUCUUCAGGAGACUGCCUUCUACAAGAAAGCAUGCAGUUACAAUUGGCCCAAUGAUUUUGUUUUGCUGGAUUUUUCUUUUGCUGCAUUCCAUUGGAGAGUGUAAUGUUUUACCUGGAUUUUUAAUAAUGCUCUAUUUAAGACAGAAAAACUAUUUAGAGAUUACUUUUAAAAUGUGAAGUGGUAUAGAAAUGGUUUAAAGAAAGAAAGACAUGUUUAAUUUGGGCACAAGAUAAUGGCAAGUAUGGCACCCCCAUGCCAAUAAUAGACAAUGUAGCAAUUCAUUAAUCUGCUGAAGAAAGUAUUCACACUUUCUGUUUAAUGAUAAUAAUGAUAUAAUUAUUUACAUUAAUUAUAUUAUAUUAUUAUAUUAUAAUAAUGAUAUAAUUAUAAUUACAAGUUGCCAAUAUGGUGUAGUGGUUAGAAUGCUUUCUAAUAUUAUUAACAUUGUAGGAAGGACAAAGAGACUCUUUUGCAUAUAUUGGGAGUAUUAAAUAGAUCUUUGGUAUAACUUUGGUUUUAUCAUUAUGCUUGAGGCUUUCAAAUGAGUUUUUUUCUUAAUGUGAAUACCCACAUUUAGCUUUCUGUUGUUCUACCAUAUAUCUCUGUUGAAAAAACAGGAGUAAUGGGGGUAUCUAUGAUUGAGUAUUAUUGUUUCCUGCUCAUAAGAAAUAAUUUGAUCCUGCACCUACCAGUUGCUUAUAGUCUGCAUCUGGGGUGGGAACUAAAUCUUCUUUCUGCCAUACGUGAACCCAGUGUUUGGAACAGGAAGCAGGUUUCAGCUUGCAGUUUCCAUAGCACCUAAGGGGACUCUUUGAUGACCAAGCAUGUUGCUCUUAUCUGCAUCCUUGUUGUCUUCCUUGGUCACUGUGCAUAUCAUGUGACUACUGGCGGACCAGCUUUAUAUAUAGCUUUGAAUUAAAUGCACAUUUAUAUUAUUUUUACAAUCACAGAUGGCGCUGUUGCAGCUUUAUCUUGUGCUUGCAGCUGUUCUACAGCUUUCAUCAGGACUUAGCUACAAUGUAAAUGGUAAGUUGUGUUUUACUUUAUUUCACCUUCCUAUUCUUGCAUACGGGUUGGUUAGUUACUAGUGCACUGAACCUUGCAGCCAUGCAUUUCCAUGUGCUGUGAUUUGCAAAGGACUCCAUAAAGAUCAGAACUUUAUUUUGUCCGAGUGAUGUAUCACUAUAGGGCCCACCAAAGGGAAAUGUGUGCACACAGUUUGGGGAACUGAAUCCAACAUAUAUAUAUAUAUAUAUAUAUAUAUAUUACUGCAGCAGGUUCAAGAAGCUUCUUUAAAAAAACCCACCAUAUUAAAGAGCAAGAGAUAUUUGCUAAUGAUGUUGAAUGUGUGUUGUCUAGGAGUCAAGUGAGCCUCAGUGAGAGAGCUUGGGAAGAUACUGACUGAAGCACAAAGGUUAAUUUGGUUGUCCAAACCCAUGCAGUCUAGCCUUGGUUUAAAGAUUAUCAUAAAUGUAUUAUUUAUUUUCUUAUUGCCCACCCUAAUUCCCAUGUCUCCCAGUAAAACUUCCUUCCUGAGACUGCUAAUAAUAUCAAAUGUUGUUGAUGUGAUUAUUACUACUGUAUUUUUUUAUUUAUAACUCACAAAAGCCAAUGCGAUCUAUUUCAGUCCCCAAUUUCAUUUUUGAUUUGAGUUUCAGGAUACUCUAGUUCUGUAAUAUCAUCUUUGAAUAUAUUAGUGUUCAAUAUAUUUUUUUUCUCACUCAGUGAUGUCCAAUUCGAGUUUUUCUUGCUACACAGGAGAUGAGCGGAAUAUGUCAUCUAAGGCAAUUAAAUUGUUUCUUUCAGAUAAAAGUUUGGUAAGUUUCCAACAAUGUAUUUCCAGUUGCAACUGAAUGGGAAGUAGCUCAGCAAAUAAUGCAUUUGUAUUAUGGCAGUGGGGAAUAACCUGCCAAUACACCAUUCUUUGGCUCUGCAGAAUUAGCUAAUCAAUUCUUUUAGCUAUUUCCCUCCCCCCCCCUCCAAAUUUAGGGAAAGGGAAGGGAAGGAGAAAGUAAUUAAAAUAAGGGCAUGGUACUAUUUUAUAAAUAAAUACCAACAACAGUAAGAAAAAACUCAUCGUCAGUUCAUAUUAUGGAUACCGAUAACCAUUGGUGCAUAAAUCAUAGAAGUUCAUUUAAGUUCUCCAAAUGUCCAGAUAGAUAUCCACACAAAGUUGAUAUCUAGAUAACAUACCAUAUUUUUUCAUCUAUAAGACACCCCUGUCUAUUUUGGGGGCCUCAAAAUUUAGAAAAUAGGUGGGAUUGAGCUUUUGGGGAGGAUUAUUUGGGGGGAAUGCCAAAAAUCGCUCACCUGCCAAAACGCAGCACACAGCCGAGUGACGCAAACGGAUCAGCUCCCCGAUUUCCACCAGCGGCCACCAAUCAUGCUCCCGCUUGCUGCGACAGAAGCAGCUGUCUAUUAGCUGCCGCAGCGGCAAUCAGGAGAGCUAAUGGCGGCGGUUGUGUGCUGUGUUCUGGCGGGUGAGCGAUUUUUGGCAUCCCUCCCCAACAAUCAAGCAGCCAAUGCCGAAAAUCGUUCACCUGCCACAACGAAGCGCAAGCCCGAGUUUUUAAGAUGGCGAUUGGCUGCUUGAUUGUUGGGGGGGAGGAGAUGCCAAAAAUGGCUCACCUGUCGGAAUGAAGUAUGAGCCCGAGAUUAUAAGUAGCAAUUGUAAGCGACACGAGCAGUUGUGUGCUGCGUUCAGGCAGGUGGGCGAUUUUCGGCAUCCCCCCCAACAAUCAAGUGGCCAAUCGCCGCUUGCAAUCAUGGGCUUGCGCCAAAAAACCUUUCGCCCAUCCCUUCUCAGCACUACCUGUGUAUAAGGCAAGCCUAAAUUUUGAACCUCAUUUUUGGGUCCAAAAGGCUCGUCCUGUACACAGAAAAAUGUGGUAUGUUUAAAUGGAUUGUUAGCUGUCAUCACUAACUGAAUCGGAAGCAGUUAGACUCAGAAGCUUAGCUAAAUGGAGUGAACUAUUAUUGGUUGUUCAGACUCUCCUUGGAUCUAACAACACCAUAUGCGAUUUAAAGAACUUUUAUUUAUUUAUUGGCAUCAUAACAAAACAUGGUAUUGCAGUUUGUUUAAAUAAACAAUAAAAGGGUGUUCUAGCUUCUGAACUUGCUGCAGCUAUGAAUAUAGCCAGGUAAUUUCUUUUACGUGCUGCAGGGCUAAUGAGUCUGGAAUCAGGAUUCUUCCUUUCUUCCCUCCUGUCCUAUGGACAGCAUGAACUUCAUGGAGCUACAUCAGGGGUUGCCAACCUUUGGGGGGGCAGUGGGCACAUUUUGAAUUUGAAGGAAGUGCUGUGAGUGCCAGUCACAAAAUGGCUGCCAUGGGGAGUGUGGCAUAACACAUCCUGGCUGCUGUGCAGGGCAUGGAAAAACACAUAAUUAGUCACAGUACAGCCAUUGCUGCUGCUCCCACCCGCUUCCUGAACAGCCUCCCCGUGGUUGGCAAGCAAAUAGGAUGGAGCAACAGGCAAGAAGGGAAACCAUCCCUGCCAGUUUUUGCCCUGUGCAAAUCCUUCAAAACCAACCAGAUUCUGAGGGGGCAUUUUUUCUCUUUUGAGAUACAGUGGUACCUCGGAUUACAUACGCUUCAGGUUACAGACUCCGCUAACCCAGAAAUAGUACCUCGGGUUAAGAACUUUACCUCAGGAUGAGAACAGAAAUCGUGCUCCGGCAGCACGGCAGCAGCAGGAGGCCCCAUUAGCUAAAGUGGUGCUUCAGAUUAAGAACAGUUUCAGGUUAAGAACAGACCUCCGGAACAAAUUAAAUACUUAACCCGAGGUACCACUGUAAAACUUAAAAUAAAAAGCCAGAAGAAGGCCUGGCCUGGUGAAGCCCUCCCUCACAGGUCUUCCUCCAGGCACAGCUCCCUUAUGAGGAGUCCCAGGGCUGGAGGGUAGGGCAGGGCAGGUGGAAGAAGGCCUGGCCUGGUGAAGAAAGCCUUGCCAACACUGCCUCAGGAUAUUGUCAGGGAUGAAACAAAGGGCAGCCUCGAUUGCCCAUUUAGAAAGGAAAAGGAAGGAUGGCAGGAAGGGGCCUUGGAGUGCAACAGAAGGUCAAACUUAAACAUUUUAGGCGUUUUGGCUCAUUAAACCAUCUGUGGCCUUUUAAAUGUGUCGGGGGGGAUCUAUUGUGGGAUUUUUUUGCUAUUAUGUUACAUAUUUUGUGCUUUUAUAUUGUAAACUGCCCUCUGAUAUUCAGGUAUAUUAAUUUGUUAGAUAAUGAUCAUUUUCUAUACUUUAACCCUAAACUGCCUAAUUCUCAGUGGCACUUGCCCAUGCCAGCCAAAAGCAGGCAAAAUCACCUGAGAGAGGGGGAGGGCAAGUUGUCCCUCCACAAAAUGAGGAUUUCUACCUUCCUUUCCUUUCUGGCUCCUUAAAGCCUUCUUUAUUGCAGCUUCCGCUUUUGAAAUCAACAGUCCAGUUUGUUAGGUUGCCAUUUAAAGUUUUAAUAAUUCCAGAUGUUGUGGAUAUGUGCUUCGUAUGUUAAUCCUGGGUUUUUUCCCCCUUGUUAAAGAUUGUCCGCUGUCAUUUGUAUAAUAUCAAUAAGCCCGACACCUUGGAGAACAGACGGAAGAAUCUAGUUCUUUUUACUUCAGCUGGUCUUGCGCCCAGCAUCCAGAUCUUCAACAGUACCUACUCCAAAGUCUUCUACUUCAAAAUGACUCUGGUAAAGCAUUGCAGAAGGGCUCAUAGCACAUCAUUUACAUGCAGAAGGUCCCAGGUUCACUCCCUGGCUAUUUCCGGUUAAAAGGGAUCAGGUAGCAGGUGGUCACCUCUGCCUGAACUCAGGACAGCCACUGUCACCGGAUACUUAUUAAACAAUGCCAUAACAUUUGGCUGGAAACUUACAGUGGUCCAAUGUGUAGCCCAAGGACCACAUGCAGUCCUCAAGACCUUUUUUGGUGGCCCUCAGCAACAUUUGACACCCCCUCAGCCCUUGCAUUGCCUUCCCAAAGCCAGCUAAGUGAGGUGCUGGGUUUGGGAAAGGAGGCGCAAAGGCUCUGCCAAGGUCCUAGAACCCUAUUACCUCCUUCCCGAAGCUGGGAAAGCGCUAACUGCAUCAAGGCAGUGUGUGGCCCACAGAUUACAUGGUCAGAGUACUCUUGCGGCCCACUUGGUAUAAAAGUUGGGCCGGCCUGAGCUAGAUGGACAAGCAAUCUGACUUGGUUUAAGGAAGGUUCCUGGGGUGGAUCUACACUUAUGGUUUUAAAUGUUAUUUCUAAGGUUUUAAACGUUAUUUGUAAGGGCUACCUGCAAAAUUUCGUGUUUGGAUCUCAAUGUUUUGUAUAGACAUGUCUGCCAUAUUGGAUUUUAUUUAGGAUAAAUGGGUCUUUUGGGAGCAAAAUAUAACAGAAACAAACAAGACUUCAAACUAUAAUAUCAGUUAGUCCAAGCAUUUCUUUAGAACAUGGGUAGGCAAACUAAGGCCAGGGGCCAGAUCUGGCCCAAUUACGUUCUAAAUCCGGCCCGCAGACGGUCAAGGAAUCAGCAUCUUUUUACAUGACUAGAAUGUGCCCUUUUAUUUAAAAUGCAUCUCUGGGUGAUUUGUGGGGCCUGCCUGGUGUUUUUACAUGAGUAGAAUGUGUGCUUUUAUUUAAAAUGCAUCUCUGAGUUAUUUGUGGGGCAUAGGAAUUUGUUCAUUUUUUUUCUUCAAAACAUACCGUGUAUUCUCGAAUAUAAGCCAACUUUUUCAGCACAUUUUUUAUGCUGAAAAAGCCUCCCUCGGCUUAUACUCAAGUGCGGCAGGCAGUGGCAGAGAGAUGAGCCCUUUCUCGCCGCUCGUCCCUCUGCCACCGCCCGUAAGCUAUGAGACUAUCAGCUACGAAAAUUCAUAAUUGGAAAAUCAGUCUGCACAGCAGUUUACCUAAAUGUAUGUGACUCUUCAAGUAUUUAAGACUAAAAAUCUUGGGUUACCAUCCUUUCUUUAAACAAAAGGGAGAAGGUGUGGAUUCGUGGAGUAUUAAAAUCAACCGAGAAGAGUUAACAUAUAAUACAGGUGAGAGAUUUAUAAUUUCCACUUAUUUAUCCUCACUGGCUAUUGAUGCUUCCUUGUGUUGUUGCUGCUGUUUUUGAACUCAUGUAAGGUGGUGAGUACAUCUCAUUUCAAAAGAAAAAUUUUGCACAAAAUCCUGCUAGCAGGGGAGAAAUUUGACAACUUGGUAGUGAGCAUUUGGCACAAUCUCAAAUGGUGCAUAAGUAGUAUACCAACUUCAGUGGAGAGAAAGCCAGUUUCGGGAUAAUGUAUAUUGCACUUAUUUUUGUAGCUCACUCUAUUUGGUGAAGGGUGUGUUAUAAGUCUGAAUAGAAAAAAAGAGAAAAAUAAAUUGGCCAGAAAAAAUAUGCAGGAAUGUUCAUUACUAAAAAUUCAGUUGAAGAGCAGUGCACCAUCGUAGGCAACAUUUGAGAAGAGCAUGUAGGCAUCAUCAACUUUGGCGAUCGCUCGUAGCCGAGUAAUAUUGACGUAAGCAUACAGCCAUAUCCACUUGUGUCUAUCUGCAAGUGGAAUGGGUUUCCACUUGUGCAACAAGGCUUUGCCCCCUGUGGACCCCUGAAAUUUGCUCCAGAGGGUUUGGUCGUGGGGAUUGCAAGAGGGAGGAGAAAAGGAAACCAUGUUGUGUGAGCAAAGGCCUGUUUGCUUGACGUUGGAUAUCACCCAUAAUACUUGUGUACUUAUAUGACUAAUCUGUCUCUGUCUUUCUUGUACAUGUCGCUGAAACAGAUGUUAAUCCAAUUGAGGAAUGGUUUGUAAAAUUUAAUAUGCAUCAUGGUUUAAAUAUGUUCACUACUACGGGAACCUUGUUGGAUAUCGUACGAGGUACGUCAUAGCUCAUAGGGAGUUUUUGCGGUUUUGUAAGUAAUUCUGGUCUAUUGGAAAUUAGCACGAACACUAAGUAUAAAGUUUUCUGAAUUUAUUCAUAUGAUACGGAAAGUUAUAUUUAUAUUCCGCUUUUUUGGCCCAAAGUCUCCAAAACAGUAAACAACAUUGAUACAUAUGAAUAGAAAAGAAAUUAAUGAUAAAACUGCAAUACAUCAUCAUCACAAUAAUAAUAAUUUAUUAUUUAUACCCCACCCAUCUGUCUGGAUUUCCCCAGCCACUCUGGGUGGCUCCCAACAGAAUAUUAAAAAUACAAUAAAACAUAAUGUGUCACACCUUAAAAACUUCCCUGAACAGGGCUGCCUUCAGAUGUUUUCUAAAUGUCAGGUAGUUGUUUAUCUCUUUGACAUCUGAUGGGAGGGCGUUCCACAGGGCGGGCGCCACUACCGAGAAGGCCCUCUGCCUGGUUCCAUGUAACUUUGCUUCUCGCAGUGAGGGAACCACCAGAAGGCCCUCAGAGCUGGACCUCAGUGUCCGGGCUGAAUGAUGGGGGUGGAGACACUCCUUCAGGUGUACUGGGCCGAGGCCGUUUAGGGCUUUAAAGGUCAGCACCAACACUUUGAAUUGUGCUAGGAAACAUACUGGGAGCCAAUGUAGGUCUUUCAGGACCGGCGUUAUAUGGUCUCAGCGGCCACUCCGAGUUGCCAGUCUAGCUGCAACAUUCUGGAUUAGUUGUAGUUUCUGGGUCACCUUCAAAGGUAGCUCCAUGUAGAGCGCAUUGCAGUAGUCCAAGCGGGAGAUAACCAGAGCAUGCAUCACUCUGGCAAAUGAGUCCAUGGGCAAAUAGGGUCUCAGCCUAGGUACCAGAUGGAGCUGGUAGAAAGCUGCCCUGGAUACAGAAUUAACCUGCACCUCCAUUGACAUCUGUGAGUCCAAAAUGACUCCCAGGCUGUGCCCCUGGUCCUUCAAGGGCACAGUUACCCCAUUCAAGACCAGGGAGGCCUCCACACCUGCCCGUCCCCCCAAAACAGUAAUUCUGUCUUGUCAGUUGAAACAAAAUAUACUGGCAGGAUUUCCAAUGGCCACCAUCAUGAAAAAAUAGAGUAUCCCGUGUGUGUGUGUGUGUGUGUGUGUGUGUAUUUUACUAAGAACAGGUCUAAGGAAGGUAUUCGUUACUUGAAGCGGUCUCCUAGUACUCUUCAAUUUCCAGCAGACUUAGACAACCUCGUCUCUUCUGUAUGCCUUCACCCACUUCUGUAUUUCCCCCUACCUUCCACCCCAGUGAUGGCAGUCCCAUUCCCAUCCCCCACCCCAACCCUGGACCAGACUGAUAACGUCCUUUACUCACCUCCAAGGGUGUUCCCACAAAUUUCAGAGAUAGUCACAUAUUCCCUUCACUCAACUGUAUUUUUAAGUAAAAAGCAGAAAGAAUUUUUGCUUUCUUAAACAUUAGUGCUCUUUUGCAGAUCCUCUUCUUCAGUGGUUUUGGACCCUUGGUGAAAACGUGGAAGUUAAUGAUACAUUGUCUAAAGUAGCCAAUAUCAAAAUAGCAAAAACUCCUUGUGCAAGUGAUGUAGCAGUAAUUGGUCUGAUUUAUACAACAAGAAAAAUAGGUAAGUGUCUUGCAUUUUUACAUAAUUAGCUGAUCCACCAGCUUCAUUUUCCAACUGGGUACAGUGGGAUGUAAAAGUUUAAAUAAGAGAAGUGUACUUGUUUACUCAGAAGUAAGUCCCACUGUGCUGGCUAGGGCUUAAUCCUAUACUUGCUUGGGAGUAAGUCUCAUCAAAUGCAGUUGGUUUUGCUUGUGAAUGCAUUUGUUACACUUCUACUACACAUGAGUGUUCUGCAACUAGCUGUUAACCUGUGAAAUGCUGGCUCCGUGUGCAUAUGUGUCCCCUUGGGGAAGAUUGUGUGCAAAUCUAGGUCUAUUAUUUCAGGUCAGUAGGGGUGAUGGUGGAAACCCUGCUUCUAAAGAGGACUUGCCUGAUUCGAUCUGGAUAGGUCACCACCUGGAUCAAAUCAUGAGUCCACUUUAGAAUUCACAUUCCAGCAAAUUCCUUUAUGAGAUAGUCUGAGGGUUCAGCACUGCCUCUGUUCCUAUUUACGUUUUUCCCCUUCUAAAAUGUUCCACUCUCUAGUAGGGUUGCCAUAUGUCCGUAAUUUAACUGGUGAAAAUAGUGUCCGGGGGGGAUUUCGGAAAAUCGGCUAAAUGUCCGGAAUUUUGAGCUCAACAACUUUGAGUUUCAUUAUUUUCUAAAAUAAUGUGUGCUCAAUAGCUUUGAAUUUUCCCCAAAAAGCUCAGCAACUUUUACUUCUAUAGAUGGAGAAUGAAUGAAUAUUUAUUUGAAAAUGAUGAUGUGACUGAGAAGGCCAAAAACACCUUAAAAGACUUUUUUGAUUUAAACCUUAAUAAAGAGACAAAUAUUGAUAUAGUCUGGGAUGCCAGCAAGGCGGUGUUAAGAGGCUUUCUAAUUCAAUAAAAUAGCCAUAGGAAAAAAAUAAGAGAACAAAAGAAAGAUGGAAUCCUGACCCAAUUAACAGAAUGUGAGAAAAAAUUAAUAACAAAUCCCAGUGAUGAACAGAACUAACAAACAUCCAAACUGCUACAGUUACAAUAUUCAAUGCUAAUUAACCAAGAAGUCGAAUGGAGAAUUAAAUCAAUGAGGCAAAAAUUUUUCGAAUCAGCAAACAAAACGGGGAAAUUCUUGGCCUGGCAACUACGAAAAAGGAAAAAGCAAAAUGUGAUUAAUAAGAUAAAAAUAGAAGAACGGCUUGUGGAAGACCCAAACAAAAUAAAGAAAAACUUUAUCACCAGAUGGGCAGCAUCGAAAUCAGAUUGAUUAUAUUCUCUGCAGCCAAAGAUGGAGAAGCUCUAUACAGUCAGCAAAAACAAGACCUGGAGCUGACUGUGGCUCAGAUCAUCAGCUUCUUAUAGCAAAAUUCAAGCUUAAACUGAAGAAAGUAGGAAAAACCACUGGGCCGGUAAGAUACAAUCUAAGUCAAAUCCCUUAUGAAUACACAGUGGAAGUGAGGAACAGGUUUAAGGAUUUAGAUUUGGUGGACAGAGUUCCUGAAGAACUAUGGAUGGAGGCUCGUAACAUUAUACAGGAGGCAGCAACUAAAACCAUCCCAAUGAAAAGGAAAUGCAAGAAAGCAAAGUGGCUGUCCAACGAGGCCUUACAAAUAGCGGGAGAGAAGGCAAGCAAAAUGCGAGGGAGAUAGUGAAAGAUACAGGAAAUUGAAUGCAGAUUUCCAAAAAAUAGCAAGGAGAGACAAGAAGGCCUUCUUAAACGAGCAAUGCAAAGAAAUAGAGGAAAACAAUAGAAUGGGAAAAACCAGAGAUCUGUUCAAGAAAAUUGGAGAUAUGAAAGGAACAUUUCGUACAAAGAUUACCAUAAUAAAAGACAAAAGUGGAAAGGACCUAACAGAAGCAGAAGACAUCAAGAAGAGGUGGCAAGAAUACACAGAAGAAUUAUACCAGAAAGAUAUGGAUGUCUCAUACACCCCAGGCAGUCUGGUUGCUGACCUUGAGCCAGACAUCCUGGAGAGUGAAGUCAAAUGGGCCUUAGAAAGCACUGCUAAUAACAAGGCCAGUGGAAGUGAUGAUAUUCCCGCUGAACUAUUUAAAAUUUUAAACGAUGAUGCUGUCAAGGUCCUACACUCAAUAUGCCAGCAAAUUUGGAAAACUCAGCAGUGGCCAGAGAAUUGGAGAAGAUCAGUCUACAUCCCAAUCCCAAAGAAGGGCAGUGCCAAAGAAUGCUCCAACUACCGCACAAUUGCACUCAUUUCACACGCUAGUAAGGUUAUGCUUAAAAUUCUAUAAGGCAGGCUUAAGCAGUAUGUGGACCGAGAACUCCCAGAAGUGCAAGCUGGAUUUCGAAGGGGCAGAGGAACCAGAGACCAAAUUGCAAACAUGCGCUGGAUUAUGGAGAAAGCUAGAGAGUUCCAGAAAGACAUCUACUUCUGCUUCAUUGACUAUGCAAAGCCUUUGACUGUGUCGACCACAGCAAACUAUGGAAAGUUCUUAAAGAAAUGGGGGUGCCUGAUCACCUCAUCUGUCUCCUGAGAAAUCUCUAUGUGGGACAAGAAGCUACAGUUAGAACUGGAUAUGGAACAACUGAUUGGUUCAAAAUUGGGAAAGGAGUACGGCAAGGCUGUAUAUUGUCUCCCUGCUUAUUUAACUUAUAUGCAGAAUUCAUCAUGGGAAAGGCUGGACUGGAUGAAUCCCAAGCUGGAAUUACGAUCGCCGGAAGAAAUAUCAACAACCUCAGAUAUGCAGAUGACACAACCUUGAUGGCAGAAAGUGAGGAGGAAUUAAAGAACCUUUUAAUGAGGGUGAAAGAAGAGAACGCAAAAUAUGGUCUGAAGCUCAACAUCAAAAAAACGAAGAUCAUGGCCACUGGGCCCAUCACCUCCUGGCAAAUAAAAGGGGAAGAAAUGGAGGCAGUGAGAGAUUUUACUUUUUGGGGCUCCAUGAUCACUGCCGAUGGUGACAGCAGUCACGAAAUUAAAAGACGCCUGCUCCUUGGGAGAAAGGCGAUGGCAAACCUAGACAGCAUCUUAAAAAGUAGAGACAUCACCUUGCCAACAAAGGUCCGUAUAGUUAAAGCUAUGGUUUUCCCAGUAGUGAUGUAUGGAAGUGAGAGCUGGACCAUCAAGAAGGCUGAUCGCCGAAGAAUUGAUGCUUUUGAAUUAUGGUGCUGGAGGAGACUCUUGAGAGUCCCAUGGACUGCAAGAAGAUCAAAUGUAUCCAUUCUUAAGGAAAUCAGCCCUGAGUGCUCACUGGAAGGACAGAUCAUGAAGUUGAGGCUCCAAUACUUUGGCCACCUCAUGAGAAGAGAAGACUCACUGGAAAAGACCCUGAUGUUGGGAAAGAUUGAGGGCACAAGGAGAAGGGGACGACAGAGGACAAGAUGGUUGGACAGUGUUCUCGAAGCUACAAACAUGAGCCUGACCAAAGUGCGGGAGGCAGUGGAAGACAGGAGGGCCUGGCGUGCUCUGGUCCAUGGGGUCACGAAGAGUUGGACACGACUAAACGACUAAACAACAACAACAUGCACUUUUUGCAAUUGCAUCCCCCCCCCAAAAAAACAAAUAAAUUAAUUUGAAUUCUUUGCUUGCUGUCCCACCCCCCACCCCCUGACAAUCUCAGGUGGGAAGGAGAGGACACAACCACUACACUGUAGCGUAUUCUACAAUAGCCAUAGGAAUACACCAGGGAUAUGUUUGCAACUGUCCCCCACCCCACCCCAUACUGAACCACCUGCUUGUGCUUAUUAACUUAGAUAUGUGGUACUAGAAAAGCAGGCAGACAUGCUUUCUUUCAGUGUGUGCAAGUAGGUUUGAGCUGAGUAUUUAAGGUCUGUAACUACAUCUGUGGAUACAGGGGUGCUUAUUUCUGGAUUUUGCUGCUGUUGGGGUGAUUAGUUGUGCUUCUACCCAGGCUCAGCAUAUAUUUGUAAAUAAACUCAAAUAUCACAGAGAAACCUCCAGUCAUCUCUUCAUCAAAAGCAAACCAAACCAGCUACGCUGCUGAAAUUUCUGGGAAAUAUGAAGCUUUAUAACAGUGUCAUAAAUACUUGUAGCCUUGUUUUAUACUGUGAUUCACUUUUCAUGUAAUGCAUUGUUUUCUUUCGUAUUUGUAGGACUAAUUGUAGGAGUGACUGACAGUGGAUUUAUGGAUGGGGAUACGGUAUGGUUUAACUUGUCUGCUACCAUUUGUGCCAUCUUGGAAAACGGUAAUUCUUAUUUUCAAUUGUUUAAUUAACCCAUAUGCACUUCCUUUUUAUUUGUAGCCUGUCCUACCCCAAGGCCUUAGGACAUGUUGCACUUUCAUAGAAUGUACGGCAUUGGUCUGAAUAUAGACUACACCCCUAAAAUGAGAUCUCUCAAAACAUAGCUUCUCUAUUUAUAAAAGUGUCACUAUAGACUGCACUCAGCUUUUAUAUGAGUCAGAUUUUGGGGGGAAGUGUGGCCUAUAUUCAGACCAAUACAGUAAUUGUAGGUCUCAGAGUGAAGGUUGUGGUGUGAUGUCCAGUUCAGAAUCCUAGGAUCUGGAGAGCCCUCCCUCAUCCCUUUUCUUUGGACAGUGAUAAGAAAGAAUCUCUGCCUCCUUAGGUCCCAAAUUUCAGCUUCUUGGAUAUGGGAACCCUCAUCCCUCAACAUUUAGGGUCUUCUCUCUCUGGGGUGGGAUUGACAGUUCAGAUUCUACAGCCUGUUUAGGGCUUUUGACUGAUGCCAGCCUUGAAUCUGGCAUGUUGGGCUACUGCCGCUUUCAGCUGUGGUUCCCAGGGUUGCCAUUUUUUUUACUCUGGAGUGCAGAACCUCCAAGUGUCCCUAUUUUCCAGAGACAGUCCCAGAUUUACAGGAGCUGUCUCGGUUUCUGAUUUGAUCCCAGAAUGCCCCACUUUUUCUUAGGAUAGCCCUAUUUUCACCAGAGAAAUACUGGAGGGUAUGGAGUUAUCUGACCCCCCAAGUCAUCUGAAGGCAGCCCAGUAUAGGGAAGGUGGUUUUUUAAAUGUUUAAUGUUUUAUUGUUUUUUAUAUGUGUUGGAAGCCACCCAGAGUGGCUGGGGCAACAAAGUCAGAUGGGCAAGGUCAGAAGAGUCAGCCUGUUCUUGCUGCCCCCUGAACUUGCCUUUGCUAUAUCUUUUUUUUUAAAAUGCAGCAGAGGAGCACGGUUCGAAAGACCAGACUUCAUCACUCCACCCUCUCUAAAAACCACAUAGAUCUAGACCUUCUUCAAAUGCAUAUCAUGUGCAUGGAUUGCCCAACAGAUCUGGGUGUCUCAAUAUGGGUGUAAUUUGCCAUGUCUAUAACAAGUAAUGAUGGAAGUCUGAGAGAUGCAACUCAGGUUACUCACAGUGCCUUUUCUCUCCUCAAGAUUGUUACGGACUUGCGCUUGUGGAUCUCACCGUAACAAAUACUCGUCUUGUACUCCUCACCUCACUAGGAUUAUUUAUCAGUGAUGAUCUGCGCAUUAAAACUGGAAAGCUGUUGCAGGUACAUAUGUGCACUUCUAAAUAUCCCUGUGUCCCUUUCCUCCAAUCAUCUAAUGUUUUAAAAAACACUGGUAAGCAUACUGCAAAAAAACUAAGUUUGGAAGAUCUCCUCCUGAAAUCUAUUAUCAGUUCAAUGCCAUACAUGUCUGCUCAGAAGACAAUCUCGUUCAGUUUAAGACUAUAACCCUACUAUACACAAUUUCCUGCAAUUAAGUCCCAUUGAACAUGGUGAGAACUACGUCUGGGUAGGCACAUCUAGGAUUGCGUUGUUAAUCUGUGUACUAAUUGUUCUCUUCCCAGUUCUCCUGAUGAACUAAGUGUAUGAAGAGGAUAAGCUGGUUGCUCCAGCUUAGCUGCAUGGCUUUCACAAGCCAUUCUUGUGUUCCUAUAUCAAUAAUUUAGAAACUUUCACCACUUUGGAACUAAACCAAGUUUUACUGCCUGUGCAACGUUUUUGAUUGAUGUGUGGAAAAGCAUAUGAACCAAACCUUUGAAGAGAAUUUGUAUGUGAACCAUUUUAACCUGGUGAGAGCCAGUGUGGUGUAGUGGUUAAGAGCGGUAGUCUCGUAAUCUGGGGAACCGGGUUCACGUCUCCGCUCCUCCACAUGCAGCUGCUGGGUGACCUUGGGCCAGUCACACUUCUUUGAAGUCUCUCAGCCCCACUCACCUCACAGAGUGUUUGUUGUGGGGGAGGAAGGGAAAGGAGAAUGUUAGCCGCUUUGAGACUCCUGAAGGGGAGUGAAAGGCGGGAUAUCAAAUCCAAACUCCUCCUCUUCUUCUUCUUACCACACAUCUUUUUCUAUGCUAGGGGAAGUGGGAAACUUUGGAAGGAACUUGAAAGGGCAAAUUUUAAAGGUCUUAACAGCCUGGAGCAACCUAGCCAGAUGGGCGGGGUAUAAAUAAUAAAAAAUAUUCUCAUAUUCCUAUGCUUCACUUUUGCUGCAUAUUUUGUGAUUUUAAAUAUCUGCUGGGGUCUCUCAAUAAAGAGUACUUGCCCCAAACUUGGAUCUUGGUAUCCAGGACUUCUCCUUUGUGUACCUGUUUUUUCUUUGCACCAACAGUAGCUUUGCUGCAAUUAAUAGAUACCUCUUAUAUUAAGAUCAAUCUCUGUGGCCCUGCUUCAGGAGUGCUACCUUUAGAAGUGAAGGGGGUUGUGACAGGGCCUUUUCUGUUGUCUUGUCUUUGGAAGCCUCUCCGCAGAGAGUUUUGCUGGCACCAUUGUUGAAUUCUUUUUAGUGAUGGGUAUGGUACUUGAUUUCCUUAGACGUUUUAGCUGUUGGUUUGUAGCUAUUGCUUAUUUCCUAUUAUCUCACAGGAAAAGUACAUGCCCUGGCUAGGUUGCCCCAGGCUGUUGGUGGAGGCAGGCUUCUUAUGUCACUCAAAACAACCAAUGAUCAUGUUAAUAAUAUUGAGUGUAAGUGGUAAAUGAAUAUGUAAAGUAAUACACUUGUGAAAUUCCUUGUGAAAAGUGUGGGAGAAAGUGAUGAUUCAUACAAUUUGGUCUUACUGUGUUUUAUUUCAGUUCGGCAAACCAACCUUAUGUGGCUUUGAAAUGGUGAGAAAUUGCUAAAUGUUGUGUUUGUUGUUCUCAGUGGUGUGUUUUUGUAACAUCUCACAAAUGAUGUUUUCUGAAACUCUUUCUGGCAUUCGUUUUGUUAGCCAUUUAGAAAUAAGUGUCCCAAGGAUCAUAAAUCAUGUAGUAUACAGAUCCUAACAAUGAAAUCCAGAGACCCUGGUACACUGGGCAGAAUGCUAACAUUGGCUUAGUAUUGACAUCAAAUGUGUUGUCAGAAUCCUAUGCAUUUCCAGCUGCAAAUUCAAAUGUAAAUGGCAGCACUCUAAAGGAGAGAAAACUUAGCAAUAUAUUGUGAUACACACACCCACCCCAGCACUGACACAAUGCAAUCUCUGUAUGCUAGGCAACUGACACCUGCAAGUCAGCCGUGUUGCUUCCAUGCCCUCACCCACCUCGACGACACAUAGAAGACAGAAGCUUGCAGGCACACACACAGAGCCCAAUAAACAUAGCUUUCUAGCGACAACACAAUUGACAGGAAAACUCACAGGGAAGAAAGGUUGGCUAGCUCACCAGAACCCUUGGGUGGCUUUAUGGCUCCCCUUGGGAGAUGACGUUAGACAGAGGAUCCACAAAUGUCGGGGUCUGAGCAAACAGCGCCUCAGGAAGGAACUUUUUGACAACGUGAGGGAAGGACCACAAUGGGACAAGUUAUUCCUUCACCGGGAACCACGCUGAGGUAGCAAACAGAGGGAGGACUUAAGGCCUGCCAGGCAUAAAUAUGGAAUUAAGACAGCUCUCACAACUGUCAUGCCAAAGGCACAAAAUGGGAGGGUGCACCUUACACUCCAGCUCUCUUAGCCACACAGCUAUACAAGCAUCAGAAUGUUAUUUUUCACUCCCUAACUUCCCACAGCAUCAGGAAUCAGUAGCUUGAUAGCCAACGCCUUGCUUUUUAUUUUCUCAUAAGACACUGAAUUUCAUUUCUCCAACCCCACCCCCCAUGCUGACCAACUGCGUGGUUUGUAGACAGGAGAAUUAUUGGGCCGUGUUUGUUUUCAUUUUUAUUAUGUACUCUGUGUUAUUUUAUUGAAAUUUUAUGUUGUGAACUGCCCUGAGUUAUAGGUUAUAGGGUGGUAUACUACUACUACUACUACUACUAGUAGUAGUAGUACUAAUGGUUUAUCACAGUCACAGUUCACAGAGGAACUGUGAACUUUGAAGUGCUGAGGGAUGUGUGUAGAUGAACUCCUUUUACUCUUGUCCCAGUCACAGACUCAUCCUGGAGAUUGCUGGAGUAACAAGCUGAAUGAGGGUUGGGGGAAGGGAUCCCUCUUGGCCCAUUCCCAUUAAUACAGAGAAUAGAGCUAUAACUCACAAAAACUUUUAUAAAUUGCUUAGAGGCUAUUGCAAUUAAGCAGUAUAUAAAUUACUGUGAUAAAGCAGUGAGUUUUGAAAGCAAGACAUAGGAUAGUGCAUCGUAUAGUUACAGUUGCUAUAGACUCUCCUCCCUGGAAGAGAGGGGAGUGGUUGUGGCCGGGAGCCCGAGCACCGCCCCCAGCAGGGGGCAUUAGCCCCCUGCCUCCUCCUCUCACCUGGCUGGCGCCCACGCCCCCUCGGCAGGCAUCCAACCAGGUGCCUUCGAGGGGGCGUGUUCAGCAGCCUUUUGCGGCGGCGCCAGCCUCUCCUCGGCCUCAUUCUUCUCCGUCCUCUCGUCACGAGUCACCCACCCUCCACUCCCUUUUAGCUCAGGGUCUUUGUUCUUUGGCCUUGCUAUGGACCUUGGGUUGGUCGCCCUGGUUGUCUAGGGGGCCUGGUAGGAAUUUUUCCAUUUGGCAUUAGGCUUUUUGGUUUUUUCGCCUACCUCGUAGCAAUCGUCACAACUUUUUGUGGUAUUGGUGGGACAGUUAGGCAUUGGAAUAAUGUGUUGGGGUGUGUCGAGGGGCUGGGUGUGGCCAUCGCCUAUGCCUUCAAUUUUUGGGUAUUCCGUUAAAGGAAUCUGGCGGUCGUGUACUCUGUCCGAUGCCUGCUUGGCGGGAGGCCAUGACACGACCCCCGGUGACAUCAGGGGAGAGCCUAUAGUUGGAUUAGCAUCAACAGGCUCCACCUACUGGUGAAUAAACCCCCUUGUUUUAGACAUCCAAUGCCUAAGCCAAUACCUUUUCACUGCUGUAAUCAAUAAAGUUGUGGCCUUUUCUUGCCCAUUAACCUUAUAUCACGUGUCCUUGUGUAUUUAUUUCACAUCGCGGGGGUCGGGUCCUCAAACCACAAUUUCCACUUGUGUGCUAUAAUUUCAGAGGACAAGAGGAAUUGGGUCCCAUUGAAGCCAUAUAGCUAUCCUUUGAUCUGUGAAUUCCCUGACAAGGUUAUAUAAACAGCUGUCAAUGUGUUAAAUCAGAAUUCGGUGCUGUAUGAGAAGAACAGAAAGAGGCAGUGGGGUAGUUUUCUUUUCUCCUGACUAUCAUUGGGAGCUGGAAUGAGAUCUUAGGGAAGUUGGUAUCUCAACUACAUCUUGCUCUGCUUCUGACAUCUCUGUAAUUCUGUCUACUUUUGGCCAUCAAUUCUCUUGAGUUGUUCCACCACCAGCACCACUACUAAUAUCACUGGCAUUGCCACUAGAAACUAGAAAGCUAGUGCUGUUUUCUGACAUUUGACAGUAUUGUCCACUGUCUUCCUUGGCUCCACAGAGGUUUUUAGGCAAUGUGUGAUAGUUAGAAAGGACGACUUGUGCCUCAGCAGACCCUUUCAGAAUCUUAACAGCUAUACUAUGUGAAUUCUCUUGGCAUGCUAAGUAUUUCCUUGUCUUUUUCCGCCCACAGGAUGAUUAUCUUAAAGCUGAAAUAUGGUACAGCCGCCAGUGUCUAGCUAAUAAAGAAUUAUAUGAAAGUAAGGAAACCAGGGACUCAGCCAGAUUGGUAAAGAAAAAGUGAUUUAUAUGUGUUGAAUGUGUAACUUGAAUCCAUGGGUUCUCCAACGUUAUGGAGAAAUAUAGCUGUGUCAUCUAAUGUCCUCAUGUCUGCUUCCAAUGUCUUCAUGUAGCUGUUGAAUAGCAUGGGGGACAAAAUAGCACACUGCAAAACUCCAUAGUGUAAGUGGAGGCAAAGAACGCUCCCGCAAUGCUUGCCUGCAAUAAACCAGCUCAAGCCAGAGAGCAUGCCUCUCUGCUCAUACACACUUAUAUAUUUUAAGGCAUGUAACAAAAAUAAUUUCAAAAUUUCACCCUGAGUUCUUUUUAACUGUUCACAUGAAACUGCGUUGAUGCCUUUUGUAAACUAUAUUUUAGAAGUGCAAGCACUGAGUUGUAGCUAAUAUAUUUCUGCUUUUCUUGCAGCGGACUAUGUUGGUCUGUCAUUCAACAAAGAUAAGUCAUUGAGCCAGGUAAGGCAAAUGACGAUAAAACCUUAUGAAAAUUUGCUGACAUAUAGUUGAGGUUUGGUGCAUUCUGUUCAGUACAUAAUUUGACUUCCUGGCCACCUUGGCAAAUUAAUGUUCAGAAAUCAAAAGGACAGUUGAGCAAAUUUAUUACUGGAAGCUUUUGUGGUCGCUAUCAGAGCUUUUAGGGAACUGGCUGCCAUACGCUACUAGGAUAAGUUCAAAGUUCUUAUAUUUAUUUACAAAGCCCUUAGCUUGUAGCAUAAGGAGCUUAUGAUAGCAUAAGGAGCAUCUCAACCUUUAGAUCACUACCUGAUCACUGAGGUCUUUGGAGGAGUCACUGUUUGGGGUCCCCGCACGUCCUUGUAUUCACCAGGGCCUUUGGUUCAGUAUUGUGGGUCCAAAAAAGCAGGUUCAGAGCCCCAAUCCAGAACAGGCUUCUGAUCCAGGCUUCUCAGUCCCACAACAGUUUCUGGCAGAAAAUUCUAUCAACCUCACCUCAGUUUGCCUCUGCGGAUGCUGUGCAGGAAAAUUGAAGUCACAGGUGAGUGAUUUUCAGCAGAAGAAAACUGGUGCCAGGCUAGAUGAAGAUGAAGGCAUUUUGUAACAGUUUUUUCUUCAACAUAAAAAUGGCCAGUUUAAACAUAUACACAGGCCCUGCUUUCUGCCUGCUAGCCAUGCAAAAAUUCACAAAAUGUCCAAAUUAAAGAAUUAUUCUAUGCUUCACUAUACACUCCAGAGAUUCAGAUAUCUGAACAUCCGGAGUUUACCCACUUUCUUACUCCUUGCAUGUCUUUGCUUUGCUAGUCAGUGACAGCUAUUUGGGGGAAGAAACCAUGCAGGGAGGGAGGGAGGGAGGGAGCGAGAGAGAUCGGACAAAUCAGAGCAGGAGAGAUUUGAAAAUUCAUUUCCCCACUUUGUCUUUCUUUUGCUGUUAAGCUGAAGCCAUCUCAGGAAGAAACCAUGGAGAGAUGGGACUGGGGUGGGGGUGGGGGGGAGAUCGUACAAAAACCACGGUUAGAAACGUUUGCACAGGAAUUGAUGGAAAUGAUGUGAAUGCUUGCCCAUGGAAUGAUUUCCAGGGAAUGCAUAGUGUUUGGUUAGUAGGACCUGUGUGUACUUUUUAAAAAGCAUCAAUAAUGUGCAGUUUGGCCCUUGCUCUUGUAAAAUCUUCUUGCUUUGCUUCUUGCUUGCUUUAUACAGGAGAGGCCUGCUGAGUGGAGCACUGACACGGCGAGUUGCUGCCACUUACCAGGAAGGAGGACAGGAGGGGCAAGGUAAUGGGGAAACCACUGCUGCAUGGGUGCAUCAUCAUCAACAUCAUCAUGUUGGUGCACCGUACAGCUCUGACCUUUCUGUUGCCUUGAUCCUCCACUUCUCCCUCCUGGUCAGUGGCAGUGGCUGUCCUGCUAGGAGGCCAGGUACACACCAUUGCCCCUCCCCACUAGCCACUCCUGUAUAUUCAGAGCUCAGUGGAUUCUUUGGCAAAGCUUUUAAGUUCGAACAACGACGUAUUUCUAAAUCGAUUACUUUGCAUCCUUUUGUUGUUGUUUUUUUAAAAAAAUCAGGAAUCCACUUGUUUCUAUAGCAAUGAUACAUUUCAAAAAUGGCACAGCUGCUUGCCUCACAAAAUGAAAGGUGAAAGGCACUUAUCCAGACGGGUGGUUUCUUUUCUCGUUGAUUAUGAACAGAACACUGGCAUCGCUUUGUUAUCUCAACAGGUACAAUGCACCAAAGGACUCUGAUUUAAUUAUUAUUUAAUUGAUAACUCUGAACAGAUGGCAAUUUGCUGCUAUUGUUUAGAAUGGAUUCGCAUUUUUUGUGAUGUGAUUUAUGGUUUGGUGAAAGCAUUUUAAUUGAAUUAGAAAGGGGGCAAUUCGCAAUGGAUGGGACAACUGAUUGAAAGCCCCCUCUCCCCAUUUCCCCUGGCUGACCCACCAAUAUCAAAACUGUGUCCUGCAAUAGCCUCAACUCCCUCCCCACCCCACUGCCAAGCUGAGUUCCUUCAGGAGGAGUGGUGGGAUAUUAAUUAACUAAUUAACACAUAAACUUCCACAGUUCACCUAAGUUCACAGGUAGUCUAUGAAUGCCUUUCUGAAGAAUAUAGAUCCUUCUGUUCCCUUUCAGUUCCAUGAUUCCAAUAUAUAUGUUGGAUAUUUUCUUCAAAACAAUGGCCACGGUGAUGUUUUAAAAAGGAAACAUUUUAAAAUGAGGCAUUGUAUCUUCUGGUGCUCUGAUCCCUGCAACUGUUGUCUUUUCUAAAACAUCUCUUCUUCUUUGUCAGUUACAAAUGCCACAGGUGCCUUCUUCCUCCCUUAGAAUAAUAAUUAGGCAAUAUAUUUUUGAUUGCCCCUUAGAAGGCAGAGGAAGUGCCCAGAUAGAUUGCAUCUGGGCACCUCUUCUACUGCAUUCUUAAGGUCAGUAAAAGUGUGUUGUUGUUGUCUAAUUGCUCUUGGCCAGUCUUUCUUUCCCUCUUAGGCAGGAGGGCAUUCAGCUAACUAAAGGUCCUGAUUCUGGGACUCAUAGGUGCCAAUUCUCUGGGGCCCUGGGUGCCCAAACCCCCACAAAAUUCCCCAUGAAGGGGCCAGGCACCCACAAAUUUUGGUGUCAGGGCCAAGCAUGCGGCAUGGCACCCACGACCCUGGGCACCCACGACCGCGGGGCUAAGCUGACACUCCUGCUGGGACUUUGAGGCCUGUCUAACAAGCACUUCCUGAAGAGGCAGAAGCAGCAGUGUGGUAGAAAAGAAAAUGAAAUCCGUACCUGGAUUACUUGAUCUUCUUGCAGCAGAAGGGCAUUCUGCCCAUCUGAGUGCAGUUCUGGCUCCAUAUGGCAGCUGUUUGAGCCAGCUCUUUAUGUUUGUUCCCUUUUCUCAGCUUCUUUUCUGAACUUAGAGGUCCCAGCCUCUCAGAAAGUGCUUAUUAGCUGUUCCUAAGGGAUGAACCAGGUGUGAGAUUUUGACCAGCUCCGGCCCAUCUGGAGCUGGUACAGGCUCGUCCUUAUCUUGAGAAGCAACUCCUCUCAAAAGAAAGAACCGCGAGAACACUGAAAAACAGGAAACCAGUGUACGUCACAUCCAGUCUCCCAUUCCCGUGGGAACCCAACAGUAACUCGGACUGUGGAAUGUAAACAGUGUCUUGUGACACACAGUAGCUGCACAGUGAAGAAAAUAGAAACCCAACACCAGGAUGCGGGUGGUGCUGUGGGUUAAACCACAGAGUCUAGGGCUUGCCGAUCAGAAGGUCGGCGGUUCGAAUCCCCGCAACGGGGUGAGCUCCCGUUGCUUGGCCCCUGCUCCUGCCAACCUAGCAGUUCGAAAGCACGUCAAAGUGCAAGUAGAUAAAUAGGUACCGUUCCAGUGGGAAGGUAAACAGCAUUUCCAUGGUCUUCUCUAGUUCACCAGAAGUGGCUUAGUCAUGCUGGCCACAUGACCCGGAAGCUGUACACCGACUUCCUGGGCCAAUAAAGUGAGAUGAGCGCCGCAACCCCAGAGUCGGUCAUGACUGGACCUAAUGGUCAGGGGUCCCUUUACCUUUACCUUUAAGCGAUGAACCAGGGCCUUCCCUUCAAUGAACACAUAGCUGUCAACUUUUCCCUUUUCUUGCAAGGAAUCCUCUUCGGAAUAAGGGAAUUUCCCUUAAAAAAAGGAAAACGUUGACAGCUAUGAAUGAACGCCUUCCUGGCAAUGAGAAGGUCUUAACCAGGUAUGAAUUUGCUCUUGUUAGGCAAUUAUACCUGCCCAGUUCUAACACUCCACUUGGACACUGUGUUUCUGCUGUAUCAUUUCUUUCUUUGAUAAUGUGAAUGUUUAACUGUGUUUCCUUCUUUUUCUUCCUAGAAUCGGGCAUUGAUAUCAGUGCAUAAGUUAACAGACGGCAGCAUGAAUAAAAAAAGAAAAUUUCCAGCCUUCUGGUUUCCAGAUCCGCGAUUUAUACCAAAAGGAUUGUAUUUUCACACAAACAGCCAUUUUCUGUAUGCAUAUGGCAAUCAGGUGUGUAAGAAGGAAGGUGUAUUAACAACUGGCACAUAGUGUUGCAAAGGUGGCAUUCCAACCCCCAACCUCUGUCAAGCGGUAGCAGGAUUCUGGGGGUUCCAGACCCUCACCCUGCGGCCGUGUUUCCCUUGAGAAUCAAGACACAGAAGUCACACAUCCUCCAACAUUUCUUCGAUGAAAAUAGGAACCCCUCAUUCCAUAACAAUAAUUCUACUAUUUAUACCCCACACAUCUUACUUGGUUGCCCCAGCACUCUGGGCAGCUUCCAACGUAUGUAAAAACAUAAUAAAACAUUAAACAUUAAAAUAAACCAACUUCCCUAUGGAUUGCCUUCAUACAGCUCGGGGGUUGGAUAACUCCAUACCAUCCAACAUUUUUCCAAUGAAAAUAAGGAUAUCCUAAGGAAAAGUGGGAUAUUCCUGGAUCAAAUCAGAAACGGGGAUGGCUUCUCUAAAUCAGGACAUCCCUGGGAAAUGGAGACACUUAGAGGGUUUGAGCAGAGGCUGUCAUAGCUUUAAGAGUUAGGAUUUAUUCACAUAGUUACACCUGAAUUUAGAUGGAGGGGGUCCAGAUCUUAACAGCACAGUUAUCUCAAGAGAGGCUUCCCCCCCCCCCCAGCACUGCAGUCCAAGGCAUCUCUCCCAGCUUCCCCGCGGCCUGCCUGCCAAGAUCGUGCUCCUUUCCUUUUUCUGUUCCAAGCCUCCUGCCCAAAGCCCCAAACUCUUCUUGUGACAUCACACCCAGUUACCCUGGCAACCUUCCAAAUUUCCUGUCUCUGUUUAUAUUGGGGGCGGGCGGGAGGGAGGACAGUUCUCUUGGAUUGCCAGUGGCCCCAUCUUGUUUCUUAAUGGCUCUGUACUUAGCUUGUGGCUAGGGUAAUCUUCCUUUGUCCUGCAUGAUGGUUCAGCCUGCAUUUUUACAUUGCUAAGCUGUCUCACACCUGGGUUAAGACAUCAAACCAUUAUUAAUUUCUUUUUUAAAAAAAAUAUGGGUGUCUUGACUCUGGUGGGCAGUGAGAGCACACCUUGCUCCAGGAAGAGAAAGUGGUUUGCAUUGAAACUGCUGCUACAGCGGAGAGGAAAAGGCUCUGAUUUGGCAGCAGUUUCAAUGCAAAUUUGGGCAGGUGCCUGGGACGGCUCACCUGACUGCCCCCUGGCAUGGUCAUGAUGUUGGGUGAUUGAAAGGUGUGUUGUCCUGCACGCUGGUCAAAAGUUGGCUUGCUGGAUGUGCUUGAGUAAGAUGCAUGUAAUCUGAGUUCUGCAGGCACGCAACAGAGUUGCUAUCCUGUGGGAUAUAUUGUCCAGUGACUUGUUUCUGAAUAUUCAUUCAUUUGAGCAUAACUCCCAGAUCACCCUUAUCUUCAGAGUGGUUAAUAGUCAGAAGCUAACAGAGAGACAGCCGAACCACUGUUCCUCACCCCUGGAAGUCUGCAUCUAUGUGACUUUUUGUAAAUAUUCGUCAGCAUCUUCAAGACAAUGUGGUGGGUGCUUCUAGGUAUCUCAAAUGAUGGGGUGUUAGAGGAGGAGGAGUACCUUUACUGGGGGACCUUCUGGGGUAGUCUGUCCACCUUUACUUCCUACCUUGUGCUCAACUCUCACUUGUGGCUCCUAUUAGCUGUGAGUAUGUGACAGCGGCCACACCCCAGGAAAUGGCUUUGAGUGACCUGCUAAACCAGGUGAGGGUUGCUGAUGGGUUUCAAACCUUUGAUGAGUUAGGGACUUACCCUGCUUGUGAAGACAGGCUGUGGUGGAUUGAGCAAAUAAAACCCAUUAUGAGUCCAGCGGUUAAGUAGAUGGUUUCUGCACAUUCUGUAGAAGGACAUGAGGGGCAGGUGAGGCUCGUCAGCCUGGUAAGAUAGCCCAUCUAAGAGAAGGAAAACUCUGGUCCUAAACCUCUGCUGCAUUGUGGGCUAUAUUAGGGAGAAGAAAAUGCUAAUGAGCAAACACUACACAAAUCUGGUCUGGAAUCCCUAAGAUGCUUGGAUAACUCCUUGUACACCUCCUUCCUGCAACUCCUGCAAUCAAGUUAUAUGGUCUCAGCGGCUGCCCCCAGUCAUCUGUUUAGCUGCCGCGUGUGUUGCCCUGCUUUCCUUUGGACCACAUCAGCAAGACCAAGAGGGGGGCCUUGUUUUUCUGGGCAGCCCACGACCUCCACACUCACUGCCCAGGCUUGUACCCCUUUUAACAUUUACAUGAAAGCACUGGGAUAGAUCAUCAGGGGGUUUGGGCUGGGUGUCCAUCAAUAUGUGGAUGAUACCCAGCUCUACCUCUCUUUUAAAUUGGAACUAGUGAAGGCAGUGAAGUUUCUGUGUGAGUGUCUGGAGGCGGUUGGAGGAUGCAUGGUGGCUAAUGGAUUGAGGUUGAAUCCUGACAAGACAGAAGUACUGUUCUUGGAGGAUGGGGCGGGCUGGUGUGGAGGACUCCCUGGUCCUGAAUGGGGUUACUGUGCCCCUGAAGGACCAGGUGCGCAGCCUGGGAGUAAUUUUGGACUCACAGCUGUCCAUGGGGGCGCAGGUCAAUUCUGUAUCCAGGGCAGCUGUCUACCAGUUCCAUCUGGUACGCAGGCUGAGACCCUACCUGCCCACGGACUGUCUUGCCAGCGUGGUGCAUGCUCUAGUUAUCUCCCGCUUGGACUACUGCAAUGUGCUCUACGUGGGGCUACCUUUGAAGGUGACCCGGAAACAACAUGCGGCAGCUAGACGGAUGACUGGGGGCAGCCGCUGAGACCAUAUAACACCUCUCCUGAAAGACCUACAUUGGCUCAUAGUACAUUUCCGAGCACAAUUCAAAGUGUUGGUAUUGACCUUUAAAGCCCUAAACAGCCUCAGCCCAGUAUACCUGAAAGAGCAUCUCCAUCCCCAUCAUUCUGCCCGGACGCUGAGGUCCAGCGCCGAGGGCCUUCUGGCAGUUCCCUCACUGUGAGAAGCAAAGCUACAGGGAACCAGGCAGAGGGCCUUCUCGGUAGUGGUGCCCGCCCUCCCAUCAGAUGUCAAAGAGAUAAACAACUACCUGACAUUUAGAAAACAUCUGCAGGCAGCCCUGUUCAGGGAAGUUUUUAAUGUGUGACAUUUUAAUGUAUUUUUAAUCUUUGCUGGAAGCUGCCCAGAGUGCCUGUGGAAACCCAGCCAGAUGGGUGGGGUACAAAUAAUAAAUUAUUAUUACUAUUAUUAGGUCACUUCAGUACUGCUAACACAGUGGUUUGACUUCACCCCUGUCUCUCAAGACAGAUGGAUGCCAACAAAGAUCUCUUAUACAAUAUUCUUUAUUGUCUCUCCCCCUCCCUUUUAGGUGUGGAUUUCUUAUGAUGGAGGCAUCAAUUUUGCACCAUUACUUGCUUUAAAUGCUGAGAUGAUUAUAGAUGUAGAUUCAUGUGUUUACACCCAAGCGAUUAUAUUUGUGACUGACGCGGCAAACCUUUUGUACAGUAAGGCAGGUAGGAAAACAUUAAAAAGUGGAGUCUUCUGCAGUCUUUGAAGACUCAAAUAUGAGAUUAGGCUAAGAAACCAGGUCCCCCAACCUAUGUGUUCUCAUAGCUAGGUAGGGAGAAACAAAUGGAAGCACCUGAUGCACCGAAGGAAUUCACUCUCUCCUGGGCAGAACCAGGGAGCCCUAAGGGUGCCCAAACCAAGAACCAUGUAGACUAGAGACAUAGAUUCACUGCAUCUUCUAUGACUUCUACCUUAAGUGAGAUUGCAGGAACUUGGGUGACCAACAGCAAAGGCUAUUAUCUUGUCUCCUGAUGUCCCUAUUUUCACAUUAUUCUCCAGGGAAUAAAUGCCCUAUGCAUUCUGCUUGCUGAUAUCUCAUAGUGUAGUAUGGUUGGCUGGGAUCCAAAGAGCCGUUGCAAUCUUCUAGUGGGUCUUAGAAGCUUUUAAUCCACUCAUUUGUUGCUGCAGCACCCUGCAUCUACCCCCGCCUUCCAAAACCCUCAAUUGCCGACCAAUCCAUUCAGACCAUGAGGCACAAGGAGCUUCUUCCUAAAAGGAACAACACCUCCUUGCAUGCUUCAAAGUAUUUGACCACAUAUGACCUUGUUAGAUCCUGGCCCUUAGGAACUAUUGUCUGAAGUUGCAUAAUUUAGAUAUACUUUAUCCUCAUCAAAACGAUUUAUUUCCUCAUUGCAUUGAUUAAAUAUGGGUUGGAAGAGCUGUUGAUCUCUCCAAAUAUUCACAGAAACCUAUUGUUCUAGAAUAAACUCAUGCUUCCUAUAAUAAUAAGAUUUGAUGCAUGCCCAUUAUUUAUAUUUCCCCUUUUCUGUAGGUGUACUGAGAUAUGCCAAGGUUUUCCCCCCGGCAAAGGGUAUCUUCAACAUGUACUUUGACCACCUGGGAAUAUUAAAUCAUAUUUCUCUGAAUGAUACAAUUGACUCAUUUGUAAAAGAGACGAGUGUGGAUGUGGACACUUUUUUGAAGGUUAAGGAUGCUUUUGAUGCAUGAAUGAAAAAUGUCUAUGAGAUUGUAAUAAUUGUUGUUCUUGUUAAGGACAAACCUUCACUCUUCCAACAUGUCAAAGUAGGAAGCUAGUUCUAGAAUGGACACUGGAGUCCUUAAUCCAGCAUUUUUUCACCACUAUCCAGAUAUCCUUAUAAUAGAUUUAAUUCUUUUAAAAAAAAAUAAAAUUAAAAGUUGAUUUCAGCAAAGCCACCAUUAUAAUGGGUUACAGCAAGAAAGACAAUUCUGUGGUUCCUGAAAAAAAUAGCUGCUCACUGCUUUCUGGGGGGGAGUGGGGGCGAUGUUUGCGGUCCCUCAAGCUCUGGCCUCACGUGCUCCAGUCAUUGCAGGAAAUCUCUCCCCAGUCCCAGGAACCCUGGUCGAUUCCCUGCCAAGAAGGACCAUUAAAGCUGGCAGUCUGGGCAUUGGCUGUUGCUCCUGCCUGGCCUGGCAGCAACACCUUGAAAGGCGGUGGGCCUCAGCGGCGCAGUCGGGUCCCAAUAGCUCAAUCCGAACCAUAUUUCCUGUAUAUGUGCCCUAUAUGCCGAGGGAGUGCAUUAAUGAAACUUUCAGAAAACCAUUGAGUUUGCCCCACCCCCUUAGCACAGGCAAAGUCACAUAAUGCUUCAACUAAGUUGCCACCUUCAACUCCUUCACUUCUUUCAAGUGGGACUUGAAAGUGCUUAGCUUUAACUGACUCCUACCAUUAUCUUCAGUACCCUGAGCAAAUACUGAUUUUUAAAAACGUAGUCUUGUACUCAUUAGAAAUUUAAGAGAAACGAGGGAGAAAUUUUGUAAUAUCAGUGUUAUGUACUGAGUUGAAUAGGAUCCAAACUGCAGCAGUCUGAUUGGUCCUAGAACAAUAGGAUCCAAAAUGCAGCAGUCUGAUUGGUCCUAGAACAAUAGGAUUCAGAAUGCAGCAGUCUGAUUGGUCCUAGAACAAUGCAGCAGUAUGAUUGGUUGGCAGGAACCACCCAAUCCUGCUCCAGAUAGAAGUGAAUCCACAACAUGAUUGGCUUACAGUAGAAUUCCGGAAUUAGCCAAUCAUGUGCAGCCCAUUGUGUAAAUAAUGUAUAUAAAGCAGAUACUGUGAGGGGACUUCCAUUCAUUCCUCCUCACCACUAUGAGCUGAAUAAAGAGCAUGAAAUCACUUUGUGACUGAGUAUAUUUCAAUCAGUAUUAUUUUUGGAUUACUGCAGCUAUGUCUGUGCUGCUUAAUUACCAGUUUCAUCAUCAUCAAACCUUUUAUUGGCAUCACAUACCAACAUCCAUAGCAAUCAAUACCGAAUUCCCGCCUUCCCAGUGACACAAAACAUUUGUCAAAUGAAAGAGACAAAGCAAUCUAACAUUACAUCUCUAGGUCUCCAGGGAGCUCAGACGUCUGCAGUGUGUUUCGACGACAAAAAAACAGAUAAAGAUAUUUAGCCACUAACUUGGUGAGCGCCUGAUUGUUCCCCAAUAAUAGAAAAUGUAUGACCUCUAACUCUGGUUUCCAUUUGGGGAUGCAGAGUUGAUCUAGGAACUGCAGGCGGAGAUCAACAUAUAGUUUACAUUUAAGAACAAGUUGCUGUCCCUUUAUGUUAAACCGUUGUAGCCCUGGGGAAAGAAAGGGAUCUAGCAAAACUUCACUAAGGAGAGGAUCUUUAUCUGUUGUGAGGCAGAUGUUUAACCAGCAUGUAAGAAAUCUCGCCCAGGCUGCAGUCUCUACCUUGUGUUGACCUUCUCUAGACACAAGCUGCCUGCACUCAUUCUACCGGCUGGGUAAACCCUGGCAGCCAGACUGGAAUUCCGUAGAGCAAUUGAGCUAUAACUUUGACGUUGAAGACCUUGAGGGCAGAGGGGAUAUGUGAAGACCUUGAGGGCAGAGGGGAUAUAACCUCUUGUUAUAAAGAAACACAGUUUCUAAGCAAUUUCUCUUCUGAUUGCUAUUAUAAAUUAAAUUAUCUUUUUAAAAAUUCCUAUUUAUUCCUAAAAUUGUUUAGCAAGUUUUGUAUCUAUAAAUGCAUGAAAAUAUAUAUAUAUAAUUAAUUUUCUCACUUUGUUCCAGGAUAUUGACUUAGGUUUUGAAUUUCCUUUGGCUCUACAGUAUAUCACUGAAGAGCAGAUGUUACUUUUAAACCACGAGCCACUGAUAGCAACAAAACGUGAGAGAUUCAGUAAUCUGCAAAGAGGCAAAAGAUUAGAUUAUGAGUAAAUAUCAAUAACAGCAUAUGUUUUGUUAACAAGCAAUGUCUUGUUCUGUUGGGUUUUUCUUUUUAAUGUACCCUGCUAUUUUACAUAAUAUAGCAAAAUAGCAUCUCUCUAAUUUGGUUAAAUUGUUCAGAGGGUUGCCACUUUCUUGUUCUGCCUGCUCUUAGAACCACUUUGUACUAACAUUUGCAACGUGAACCGUGUAAUACAAGUUUCAAACAAAACUUGAAGGCUUCAAAAAUAUAUCAGUAGGUGAUGUGUGUGUUGUAGGAAAUUGGAAACGGUUUCUGCAGUGUGUAAUCUGUGGGGGAUGGGGACCCACCACCACAUUUGGGAGCAAAGACUGCUGGAAUCUGCUGUCUUCCAGCGAUGUGAAAUUGCUAGAGCCAGAAGGAACAGGUUCAGAUAAUAUGGCCCAUGAAAUAUUGUACCUACUGGGUGUACCUAACUUGGAGAUUAAGGGGUAUUUUCGUGUGAUUUGAUUUAAUAUUUGUAUUCUGCUUUCCCCACAACAACUGUUGAGCUCAAAGUGGCUCACAGUAACAAUAAUACCAUUACAAGUUAACAGACAUUGUGAUCAUGGUAGUAAAUUCAAAGCACAGGAGAAUAUAAAGCUAAAGACAAAUUCAUCAAAAAUUACUACAAUUCAAUACAAAAUCAAAGUGAUUCAAAAGAUCAGAAAUAGCUGCUGAACAGCAGCCCUGUGCCAGCUGACAUGCUUGAAACCACAAUUUUCUCUUAGUACUAUUUUCCAGCAAGGGAAUCUUAGGAACUAGUCAAAAUUCGUUAAAAUUCAUUAGAUGUGUGAUCUGACAUCAUCAAGGUGGUAUUAAAUCUAUGCUUCUUUUUAAUUUAGGCCAGGAGGAUCGUGUAUAAUCAGAGAGGUUUUUAGGACGCCAGCUCCUCCGGGCUUUAUAUCAUCUGUACUGGUAGAUGUUCUAGAUCGGUUUCCUGUUGAAUCUAAAACUGCUAGCCCUUGUACAGCAAAUACUUUAAGAGUUUUGCCCCCUACAGGGAGCAGUAUAUCAUACAGGCUUCAGCUGACUUCUCCAGGUUUGUGCAUCACCUGAUAAUGAAAAGUUUUUGGAAGGAGGGUCUUUGGCUUAUGCUAAUCACACUUCAGGGGGGAAAUAUAUGGGAAAAGAAUUGUAGGGAAUACUAUUUGUCUAAGAUUGGUUGCAUGGUGGUGGCCCCUGCCCAGCAUUUCCUAAUUUCCUAUGUAGCCUCUUUUAUAUGUUCCUCGCCAUCCAGUCAUUUUUAUUUCUACUAGAUCCCCUUCCUAAAUCAACAGCCAGCCAAUCAGUCUCCCACUAUGUGUAAAUUCAUACUUUUCUUAUGGAGACAAAAUGGCAAAAUGAAGGAAGGGUAUGGAAGGUGUAUCCCAGAAAAGUAAGGUAAAGAGGUAAUCUGGUAGCCCCAUAAAAGAAGAGAAAGAGCCCCCAAUUUCCAGCCUGUGAAUGAAGCAUGGGAUUUCAGCCUUCACUUGACACUGCCUUCAUUUCUGAGGUUUCUGGCAAAAUAGAAAGUUUUAUGAGCUGUGGGAGUUACAGGGCUGCUGUUGACUAGGAGAGCCACACAGGUAGUGGCAGUCUGUCAAAAAUUAGGAAUCUAAACUUUAUAUCAAAGAAGCCAUAGCUUCAGCUCAGUUUAUCUUUUGUGUAAAUUAAGCAUAUUCCUAGCAGCAGCAGCAACAACAACAACAACAAAGGGAAAUGCAGCUUCUGCACAUUGAAUGAUGUUUUCAUUAUUUUCUUGUUUUCCAGGUGUGAAUAUAUUUAAACCAACCGAUCUUGAGAAAACAGUGGUGAUUCCAGGCAGUAGCAGUUUCUUCAUUGUUCAAGUUGUGGAUGACCAAAAUGCUUUAGGAGAUGCUACCAUGCCUAAUAGGGUGCUUUUAAAUACAGACAUUCCACCUGGGAGGUGGUUCUUGUAUGACUUUGGCACUGCAAAUAAAAGAAAAUGGAAAAUUGUUGUUGACAUAUGUAGAUAUACAAUACAACAGUUUGAUGACCUACCACGCCAUGCCAUUAAAUACUUGGAUAUUGGGUCAAAGCUGGAAUUGAAAUUCAGAGUGACUCCAAUUAAUGUAGGUAAGACUGCACAUACCGUAUUUUUUGCUCUAUAAGACGCACCAGACCACAAGAUGCACCUAGUUUUUGGAGGAGGAAAACAAGAAAAAAAAAAUUCUGAAUCUCAGAAGCCAGAACAGCAAGAGGGAUCGCUGCGCAGUGAAAGCAGCAAUCCCUCUUGCUGUUCUGGCUUCUGUGAUAGAUGCGCAGCCUGCAUUCGCUCCAUGAGACGCACACAAAUUUCCCCUUACUUUUAGGAGGGGAAAAGUGAGUCUUAUAGAGCAAAAAAUACAGUAUUUCUUGUCUCUCUACUCUAUGUAUUCUCUAUAAAAUGUCUGAAAGUGUUUGAAAUCAUAUGAAAGCAAACUCUUUAUAAGUUAUGAUCCUCACUCUAAUAAUUUAACUGAAAUUCAACAAAAUGUAUUUUACAUAUAUAUUUAUCCUAUUGACUCCCAUCCUGCCUACAGAUCUUUCAUAUGGAUUUCUCAUUUUGAUGUGCAUUUGUACACAGAUGUAUAUGAAAUAAGGGUACACUGGAAUCAGCCAAAAUCCUCAAGUAUUUUUCAACCCAACUGCAGUCUCAGAGUGGAGCUAAGUUUUGCCUUUUGUGUGAGGUUGUUCUACAGGAAAGAAAUAUUGGAAAUAAACAUUAUUCUCAUUGUUGUUUCCUUCCACAGCGUAUAAUGUGUUCCAUAAUAGGCUAAUGCACAUUAUAAUUGGAAGGCCUUCUCUACUGGAUGUGAGAACAAAAAUUUAUUUUGACGACAACAAUAGCAAUUUAAUCGAUAUCACUGUUCACAGUAGAUUUUUUGAAAAGGUAACAUGCUGCCAGCUCUUUUCAGAGUACCUUGAUAAAGUACACACAGCUUUAAUGUGCAUUCAGACUCCAAAAAUCUUCUCCCCGUGUUUUUGUACAAAACAAACUUAUGUUGGUUUUAGACCAGUUUACGCUAUGGCUUUCCUCACAGAACCCUAGAAAUUGUAGAGUAAUGAGACUUGGUUGCUAGAUGUGUUGGGCAUUCAUUGCAGAUGUUAGUAGGUGUGGCGGUGAGCUGGCAGGGAGGGGCCAGCAUGUGUGCUGGGGAAAGGCAUUGGGUUGGAUACUUAGUGUAACCUGGGGCUGAGAGGGAGCCUCUCCUGUUGGACAUGUAAAAAUCUCAGGGUACCCUGGUAAAGGCGUCUGGGUUGCAAUCCGAAGGUCCAGAUGACGUGAGGUGGGGGUGAUGGGCCAAGGGCUUCCGUUCAGUGGCCAGGGGCUGUCAGCUUAGUUUACCAGCAUCUUGAGGGGACCCUUAACCUAGGACUGACCCUUGUGAAUAAUCAUCCAGCAGUCAGGUAGGAUGAUUUGGGAUACACACCCAAUGCCUAUGUCCAAUUUAUUUCCAAGUUCUUCUCAUGUCGUUUUUGAUGCUUACUUCCCGGUUCCCAAGGCACACUGCGCACGGGCCUGCAAUCCCCCUCCCACAAGCACAAGCACAUUUUAAAAGCUAUAAAAUGUUAAUCAGCCAAACGCCUGAGAAACAUUUUCACCUGGCAGCUAAAGAUAUGCAAUGAAGGCGCCAGGGAAGCCUCCCUAGGGGGAGCGUUCCACAAAUGGGGAGCUACCACAGAAAAGGCCCGCUUUUGUGAUGGCACCCUCCAGACCUCUUGUAGUGAAGGCACAUGCAGAAGGGCCUCAGGUAAUGAUUGCAGGGUCCUGGUUGGUUUUUAUAGGGCGAGGCGGUCCUUGAGGUAUUAUACUCCUGAGCCGUUUAAGGCUUCAUAGGUCAAAGCAGCACUAAUUGGCAGCCUUUGGGGGGAACACAACACUGAUACAAAAACCAGCCACUCAUAGUCUUACACUCCUUUUAAUAGCCCUCACCCUACCCCUAAUCACCUUCAGGCACCAGUUUAGCACAGACACAGCUAUAUGGUAUAAGACUACACUACAAGGUUUACUGAAAGCAAUGGGAUGCAAGUUAUUAAUGACUACAGUGCAAUUGUAUCUUACACAGGCAUUCCGUUCAAAGCAGUCUGCAUAUCUGCAAAAAUGUGUGUACUCAAAUCAUUGGAACUGGACCCCUUCAUGAGCAUCCUGGGACUCCAGAAGCCCUGAAGUGCUCUUGCGAGAUCUCACAGGUCCCUCCAAGUUCUCUUAAAAUCUCCCAGGAGCACCCCAGACCCGUCAUGCAGAUAGGCAAAGCAUGGCAGAGAUAGCUUAAAAGUUCUUUUUUGCAUCAGAUUUUCCUGGUGCAAAAAAUAGCUUUAAGCUCUCUGCCUUGCUUCUCAAGCAAGGUGCUCGCCUCCUGCCAGCUCCUUAUUCAACUUGCAAGAUUUCAACCAGCCAGACUUCAACUGCGUAUGGUUGAAAUCAGGCAAGUUAAAUGCAUGUAUGACAUGGUUGUACUGUAGGUCUAUUGUUGUGAAUGGGGCCCAGUCCCAGCUAUCUUUACCUGAUGUGUGACCCUUGUCUUUAUAUGGAUAUAUUGUUGUCAUACGUUUGUUUUGGAGUAUUAGAUUAAUAAUUUUUAUUAUUCCUGUUUGAGUAACAUUUGUCAUAUGAUAAUUCUUAAAACUAUUCCAAUGGAAGACAGAAUUUGGAUUUCUUCUAGUACGCACAAUGCACACAUGCUGUGCUGGCGAAAUGAAUGCAAAUGCCUUACGUCAACAGCCAUGCUUGCAUGGAUAAGGCUCUAUGGCAGGGGUCAGGAAACUUUUCUACCAGCGGGCCGGCUCACUGUCCCUUAAAUCUUCUGGCAGGCUGGACCACACACACACACACACCAGCAGAGGGGGCUUCUCUCUCUCCCCCAGCCCCUCCCUCCCCGAUUUCCUACCUCCUCUGGCGGUGGUUGGGAGCCGGCAGCUGUGGCGGCAGCUCUCGCUUCUGGAAGAGCUUUCCCGGGUGCCAGGCACAGGGCCAGCAGGCAUGCCAAGCUCCGGCCGAAGCCCUGCGAUGCGCCCAUGGGCCUCUCUGUCCAUGGCUGCCUCGCUGGCCAAUCCGAAGCCUCACCGCCCACGAGCUGAGGAAACCUGGCACGGCUUUGAAGUGGCCAGCGUUGCUGCCUGCCCAGAGGCGUCUGCGGCUUAGAAUUGGCUGCGGGAGCUUCCUGAAGCCGAUCCACAGCCACCCACACGCCCAUCAUGGAAGUCAGUCCCCGCGUGGUGAGAUAUCAGUUUAGCACGGGGACUGACUGAGUGGGCAGCAGAGUCCUUGGGCUGGAUUAAAGAGCCCCUUGGGCCUUAUCCGACCCACAGGCCUUAGUUUGCCAACCCCUGCUCUUUGAGUGCGUUCUAAACAUGCAACACCAGAUGGUGCUGGAGAAAAAACAAACAAAAUUCUUUGCGAUUUUCCAUAGUGUUUGUUUUCUUUUGUUAUAACGAUUUAAUUUCUGACUUAUUUAUAGUGGGUUUCCCCCUGUGUGUAGAUCCAUCGUAUGAUGGGAAGCUAAUUAUAUUCAUCUAUGUUGGAGACCAAUUAAUGUUAUGCUUUCUCAUAAACAUCCCUAGGGUAAAACCACCAUAGCUGUUAUCGGAUUGGGAUCUCUCCGAUGUGAAGUGACAACUCUUGUCUUAACGCUGAAGAAUUCCUGCUCCUAUCUUAAAUCAAUGCACUAUGUUCUAUCUGCUAAAACCUCUCCUUCAGACUGGCUAGUUGAGGAUGUCAGCGCUGAGCCAAAUGGCUCAGCGAUUGCCAGACUUUUAAAGCAGCUACCGGUAAGGAUCCUAAAUCCUACAUUUUAGUUUAGAAUUCUUUCGUACCCUUUCUUAAAUGUUCUGAACAGGGAAGGGCACAGAUGUACCCAUUGUUCUAUGAAGCCCCGGGAUACAUUUUUCCAAAGCCAUACCUAGGCACAAGACUCCUGAGUUGGAUGGAUUUAAGUGUGGCCCAUGAAACAGAGAGCAAUGCUGAGGACGUCACUACACUCUCUGGCAUCUGUGUCAGUGAAGCAGACAAGUAAAAGCUAACUUUUCUUCUGAUAGAAGGCAGGGUCAACAUUUCCAACUGUCUUUUUUUAAAAAAUCAAUUUUUAAAUGUUUCAUUAAUAACAAUCCUAUGGAGGCCACAUUAAUUCGAUGCCAAAUCAUGCCAAAUCACAAUACAAUCAAAAGAGCCAACUGAACAGUUCCGAAUUAAACAUUUUUGGAUGACUUCCCGUGUUCUGGAUAUCAGGAGUUGAUGUUAUUCCUUGAUCCUGCACCAAUUCCGAUCUUAGUCAUCUCCAGAUCAAAACCUUGGCACUCAGUGGCUGAUUCAUUUCGCAGGUUACCAUUCUCUUUCUUCCAAAACACGUAUGUUUCUUAAGUCCAAAAUUCAGAUACAUCUUGAAAGAAACAGAGAUACCUCCGCUCAUGGCGACUGCAUCGGGGAGUUUCCAAUACGUGCAGUGCUAUGCCCUCUGCGUCCCUUCAUUACGUCUGGGCUUCAGAGCUCUUCUCAGGAUAUUUGAAUCAGAAGCCCUUUUAUUUCCUUUUUCCCCUUUCUUUUCUUUUCCCACUCUUUUAUUAUUUUCAUCUUCAUGUUUUUUUCCUGCCUUCCUUUGGUCCUGCUUUUGGUGGCGUUGUUUUUAUGUCCUCUGCUCUGGCUCAAUGAGGGGGUGUAUGCACAUGAAGGUGAGGGCUGGCUGGUGAAGGACCCUGUGUGAGAGGCAGGGAAGGGAAGGUCUCCCAGGGUGGGAGGCUGGAAGAAGGGAAGCUCCCAGGUGAGAUCUGGGAAGAACCACCCCCUUAUGUGUGAGACACGGCUUGAGAUCUACCUUUGAGAGAAGAUUGCAUUUCUCUCUCUUUCUCUUUCUGUUUUCAUUUAGAUUAGUUUGCUUUUUAAAUUUGUUCUUUUAUCUGUAUUAAUAAAGCCUUAAUAAUUUUUUUUUUUUUAAAGAAAGAAAUCUGUGCUGCUGGUAAUAAUUGUAUGAAUACAGGGUUGGGGAGAUGACACAAAGGGGAAACCAGUCUUAUUUUUCAUCAUAUAAUUUCCCACUUUUUUCAUUUACAAAGAUUAUCACACAAAUAAAUUUAUACAACCAAUUAGAAAACAUAAAAUCAUUGACCCUUUCUGUGCUUACUUAUGUUUUAUCUUUUAUCACUGCAUAGCCAAUUCAUAUCUAUUUACUAUUUAUCCUUUGUAUUUUAUUUAAAUGAUUUUCACUGCACGUUUUUAUGUCAGUCCCGCUAACGAUUUAAGUUGUUUGCAAAAAUUCUUCAAAUAAUCAAUAAAUUUUCCCCAUUAAAAUGUGUUGUUUUUCGUACAGGUGAACUACAGGCCACCAUCUGUUUUGGGAAUUGCUGUUCCACUCACAGAAAACUUCUAUAAUGCUGACCCCAGCAAACCUAAACUGAGGGAUUAUUUCACAAAUUCAAAAGUAAGUCUUCAUAGCUACUCCUGUAAGAGCUUUGAGAAUGCACGUUUUAAAAAAUUGCUAUCCAUUUUGCACUCCGUGCUGUUGCAUGUUCUUUACAUACAUAUACACGCAUUAAGAAAAGAGAUUUCUAAUUAAGAGGAGAAUCUUGAAAUUCAACUUCCAGAUGAGCAUUUCUAUAGAGUUUGCCCCAGAACUUAGGCAUCCUGAUUGCACAUACUAUAGACUCAACAUCUGUCUUCUUCCCACUAUAAAUAGCUGGUUUUUGCAUAUUAUUCUGAGAAAAAUAACCUGAAAACUUGGGCUCGAAUCCUUAUGUUUUAACUUUAUGGCCACCUCAUGGCCACCUCAUAUCACUUGCCAAACCUUUGCAGUAAUAGGAUAGAUAGGAUCAGAACAUAUGUUGACACAAUUGCCCAACUACUUUCCACACACUCAAGGUAAAUAUACUUUAGGAGCAAUGGGAACAAUUUGAAGCACCCAGAGCAGCCAAUAUGAGCAUUUUCUUUUUUUGCCCUAGGUGAACUCUACUGUCUCACCCCGUUUUACAAUCCUCCAUGUUUUCCUGUUCUAUCAACAAGAGGCAGUAGAGGAUUGCAUGCAUAGCUCAUUUUGCACUAUUCCAUAUAUUCAAGAUAUUGAUGUUUUACAUCUCAUUAAAGACUCUCAAAGUCAACAGUAUCAAGGCUGCUUAAGAAUACGGAGAGUGUAGAGAAGAAAAAGGGAAAGGCUGAGAAACAGGCAGAGGACUUCAUCUGCAAAAUCAUUUGCUGUCAUCCAAGAGCCCCAAUGUCCAUUCAGCUCAUUUGUCUCUUGCUCAAGAGAAUGCUUCUCUUCAACCCAACUGCAUAUCAUGCUUCCUGUUCACUAAGGAACAAGAGUUAUUGCAUAGUUCUCUUUGCCCUGACUCUCCCUUUCUUUCUGACAACCCUUUUCCACCAAAUUUGAACACGCAGGGCUCUCCAGUCCACUGAUAGUUGAAAAACUAUAGACUGAUUCAGAGGUCAAAUGAUUUCCAUUGCAUAUGCUGGUCUACUUUGUAAGCACAGUCGAGAAUUGCCUUGAUUAUACCUUCUUUGGGACACGGGUGGCACUGUGGUCUAAACCACAAAGCCCAGGGCUUGCCGGUCAGAAGGUCUGCGGUUCAAAUCCCCACAACAGGGUGAGCUCCCAUUGUUCGGUCCCAGCUCCUGCCCACCUAGCAGUUCGAAAGCACAUCAAGUGCAAGCAGCGGGAAGGUAAACAGCGUUUCUGUGUGCUGCUCUGGUUCGCCAGAAGUGGCUUUGUCAUUCUGGCCUCAUGACCCGGAAGCUGUCUGCAGACAAACCCUGGCUCACUCGGCCAGUAAAGCGAGAUGAGCGCCACAACCCCAGAGUCGUCCGUGACUGGACCUAACAGUCAGGGGUCCCUUACUUUUCCAACAGAAUUCUGGACGGUACAAGCAAUGUGCUGGCAAGUCAAACCGCUCCGAAUGUGGAUGUACAGAAAAUAUGAAGCUGUCCUUUUCUGUUGCCUUUUCUGAUUGCAAGGAGAAGGUAAGGGCUAUGCCAGGGGUCUGCAACCCGCAGCUCCGGAGCCGCAUGUGGCUCUUUUACACCUUUGCUGCGGCUCCGGGGUGGAUACUAGCGAGGGGAGGAGGCGCAUUGUGCGCCCCGACACUCCCCACUGUGGCGGGCGCUGUACAGGCUGUGACGUCGUAUGGGGGCGGUGCGUGCGUUAGUCAGUAACUGCAGUAACUGCAAUUUCUGAGCAGUCUCCAAAGGUAGUCCCAGAUGCAAUAGCCCCCAGUAGUCAAUCCUUGUUUCCAGAUAACUGUGGCCAGGCUAUCGCUUUCCAGAAGAAGCUGCAGCUCACACCAGCCUAAAUUAAUGUGAAAGACAUUCCUUCCUACAAAGGCUUAUCUGGUUCUCCAUUGAUAAAGCUAUAUUUAGGAGUGUGCUCAAUCUAAGAAUUUGAUCCUUUAGAGCAGUGUUUCCCAACCUUUUCCCAACCAUGGCCCUCUUCUGACCUUGUGUUCUUCCUUUAGCCCACCCCACAUGGACGUAGCCAAGAGGGGGGCAAGGGGGCAGCUGUUGUUGGUAUUAAAGGGUUAAGAAGCUCUAAUCAAGACGCUCUAUUCACUGAGCAGCUGGAGGUCGUUAAGCUUCCAGGAAUGUGAGUUUGUAUAAAUAGUCAGCUCACUCGUGUGUUUGCCCCCCUUCCCUUUAUUUUGGGGGCGUGUUUGCUGAAAUGUGUGGUUCUUCACCAGGGUUUUUUGUUUUGUGUAAAUAAACCUUUUAUUUGAGUUCCAAACCGCUUGCUCCAAGAUCCCUUUAUUGAAAAGAUGCUGACUCUCCAGCCCUUCUUGAGCCGCUGUGCGAAAUGCUCUGCUGUAAUGGCACAUUGUCGCAUCGGAAGCGCACUGGACAUUUGAUUAGCAUUAAGCUAAUUAAAGUUUAAUGGGACAGGUUCUGGACAGGUUAUGGUGUUUGUACGUCAAGAAGGAGAUAAGGAGUGCAGUUCAGAGUGAUUUAUGAAAGGACUGGAGCGAAGACAGAAGCGGUUGCCGACAACGAAAGCCUUCAAAGCAGCUUGAGUCCUGCAACGUGCCUAGGAAAAGUUUUAAAGAGGCACUGCGCAGUUUGUACUCGCUGGAAGACGUCUUAUUCCUCGAGGGGCCACCUCAGCAGCUGGGAGACGGUCUACAGGUCUGUGAGUAUCGUUCCUAAGCCCCAGGGAGGAUGGCAGAGUCCCAGGAAAGUUUUACUGUCCCAUUUACGCGACUCAAUGGGAAAAAUUGGCAAGAUUGGAAGGCUAGAGUAAGGGUUUGGUUGCAAGCAAAAGAGUUGUGGAGUUGUACUGAAGCACCGCCUUUACAGGCAGCUGCAGACGCGUCUGCAGAAGACAAAGCAGCAGCGGCAGCUUCACAGAAACGCGACAGGAAAGCCCAAGGUCUACUAGUUUUGGCAGUGGGACCAGAGCAAAUGCCUUAUGUUUCUGAGUUAAAGAACACGCAUGAGGUCUGGACGGUUCUGCAGCGGCUCAAUUCCAGAAACACUGCGGGGGCCAAGAUCCAUGCUACAAGAUGUUUGUUUGAUUUACGUCUCCAACCGGGAGCGUGUGUGAAAGAACAUAUUGCCAAAAUGGUGUCUGCCUUUAAUCAACUAAGACAGCUGGGCAUUCCUUUCUCUAUGGAGCAGCAGUCAUACAUUUUGUUGUCUUCUCUUGAUAAAAGCUAUGAGACUCUAGCUUUAACUUUGGAAGCUAUGCCUUCAACUGAAUUAACCCUUGAAUACAUUUCUUCUCGACUUGCAGAUGAACAGGAUAAAAGGCAAAGAGAAAGAGGUUUGUCUUCAAAGGGGAGUUAUGCUGUGCCUAAGAGUGGGGAUGCUGAGUUUGACCACACAGUAAAUGCUUUUGCAGCUAGACACUGUUUUCGCUGUGGUUCCUCUUCCCAUUUAAUCAGGAAUUGUACACGUGAACCUGGUCAAGACAGCACCAAGGCCGUUACCCCUAGUUACCAGACAAGGAGUUCCAGGGGACGUCGAAGAAGAGGAGGAGGUCGUGGCUACUCCCACAGCACACAGCACAUGGCUUCAGCAAUGGCGUUGAUGCAAGGGCGUGGCCAAGGCAGCAAUCUACGCUGGUUGAUCGACAGUGGUGCAUCUCACCACCUGGUGGCGCCAUCUAGUGUCCGUUUGCAGAAUUGCAGACAUUUGCAAACCCUUAAAGUUGUGACAAUGGCAGAUUCAACUAAACGUUCCUUAGAGACCGUAGGCACAGUGUUUUUGAAGUGUUUGCAAACAGAAAUUGAUGCCUACGUGCUAAAGGGAAUGAAGGGGUGUAUUUUGUCUGUGUCAGAACUUGAUAGAAAUGGGUUUAAAACUGUGUUUGAAAAUGGGGUUUGCACUAUUUCAAAGAAUAACGCAUCUCUUUUGCAGGUGGAAUGCAGAGAUGGGUUAUAUUAUUUUGAGACAAGUCCAGAUGAAGUUGAACAGGUUCAUGCUGGUUGUGUGAACUCGCCUACCCAUAAUUCUUGUGUUCAUUUAUGGCACCGCCGUUUGGGACAUAUUAAUUUUCAGUAUGUUAAAAGGCAACCUGAGUUAUCAGAAGGGUGCAAAUUGAACAAAUGUACUAAGUAUUUGGAUUGUACUGCAUGCAAAAGGGCGAAGGUUCAUAGAUGCAGCUAUCCCAGUUCAAAUAGGAAAUCUGACAAAGUAUUCCAACUUGUGCAUAUGGACCUAUGUGGCCCAAUGCCUGUUGCUAGCAUGGGAGGUUCGAGGUAUGCACUGUGUCUCUCAGAUGACAAAACAAAGGUUACAUGGUUUUUUCCUCUCAAAACAAAAGCAGAUACUGCAGAAACAGUUAAAAAUUGGGUUCAUGCAGUAGAACUUGAAUUUGGUACUAGAGUUCUUGCUUUUCAGACAGACAGAGGGUCAGAAUUUACCGGGUCUGUGUUGCAGAAUUUCUUUAAGAAAAGGGAAUUAAGCAUCGUCUGUCUACACCUUAUUCCCCCCAAGAAGGAGGUGUGGCCGAACGUAAAAACAGGGUUCUGCAAGAGUUGGCAAACUCUAUGUUGUUUGAUGCUAAACUUCCUCAAAGUUACUGGGCGGAAGCCUGGCAGACGGCUACUCAUGUUCUGAACCGAGUAUAUAAUUCGGUAAUUGAUACUACGCCAUAUUUUGCUUUAUAUGGGAAGAAGCCCAAAGUUAAUUACUUUCGGGUGUUUGGAUCUCAAGCCUAUGUACUUAUCCCAAAAGCGUUAAGGAAAAGGGAAGUCCAAGGGCUAGGAAACUCAUCUUUUGUGGGUACGAACCACACGCCAAAUCUUGGAGGUUCGUGAACCCAGAUGGGGAUACUACAAGAGUGGUCCUCAGUAGGAGCGCUGAAUUUUGUGAGCAAUCCGGAUGGACUCACUUACAUGCUAACCCUGACAUUUUGAGAGAUGAUUUAGGCAUUUAUGCUGAGAAAGAAAGUCCAGAGGGUGAUGAGCCAGAAGGGGACGGUGCACAUGGUUCAGAUGCAGAUUCUGACCAGGCACAAGGUUCUUCUCCUAAGGUAGAAAAGCCAGAAUCUAAGAGUGUUCCAACAUCGCCAGUCAGUAGGCCUAGCAGACAGCAAAAGCGAAGCAGGUCGCCUGCAACACCAAGCCCAAGGGAGGUAUCUAAACGGAGGUCUUUAUCCCUAGAGGCACGUCCAGACAUAAAGUCUGAGACAGAUUCUGACAGCCAACAGUCAGAGGGGGCACAAGAGGAACAAUUGCGCAGGUCAAAACGUGCCACAAAGGGCAAGCCGCCAGAGCGGUUUAAGGUGACAAGUGUAUACGUAAAUAUGGCACAGUGUGAGCCAGAUAGCUAUAUAGAGGUACAACAGCUUCCAAGCUCAGAAGCCGUAAAAUGGCAGGAAGCAAUGGAAAAAGAGAUGGCUUCAAUGAAGUCUCUUGGUGUGUUUACAAGUACAGAGCUUCCGAAAGGGCAACAAGCUGUAGGUUGUCGAUGGGUAUAUCGUUUAAAGCCCACAACUACUGAGGAGUUGCAAUAUAAAGCCCGACUAGUUGCAAAAGGGUUUUCGCAGCGCAAAGGAGUUCACUAUUCUCAAAUCUAUGCCCCUACUUCAAGAUCGGAGUCAUUAAGAAUGCUUUUAGCCUCUUCAGCUAAGAAGGAAAUAAGCUGUUUCAUUUUGAUGUCAAUGUGGCUUAUUUAAAUGCAGACUUACAGGAGGAAGUCUAUAUGACGCCACCACCAGGUUUUGAAGGAGACAAGCCAAACCAGGUCUGGCGCCUACACAAAUCCAUUUAUGGGUUGAAACAGUCCGCCCGUAAUUGGAAUUCCUGCUUAAACGAUGCUCUAGAGAGCAUGGGGUUCAGAAAGAGCGCAGCAGAUGCGUGUCUUUAUCUAAAAGGCUCGGGAUGUGAACAAGAAGCAGUCUUGAUAUUUGUUGACGAUUUAUUAUACAGUGGAAAGGACGAUAAACUUGCACAACAAUUUGCCACAAAGCUUGGAGAAAAGUUUCAGAUAAAAUCACUAGGCAAUGUAUCUGUUUAUCUAGGAGUUAAAAUUCAGCAAGAUGAAGAUGGGAACUAUUGGCUCAGCCAAGAAGCUAAGAUCCAGCAGUUGCUGGAAAGGUUUAAAAUGGACAACUGUGCUGGUGUUAAAACCCCAAUGGAGUUAAGUUACACAAAGGAUGCUCAAACUGAGCAACAGGCAGAGGUCUGUAAUCCCGGGAUUACCAGUCAGCGAUAGGCAGUCUACUCCACAUUGCACAGUGGACUCGGCCCGAUAUAACAUAUGCUGUCAACAUGCUGUGUAGACAAGCUGAAAAACCAUCAAUGCAUGCUUGGCAAGGAGUAAAAAGAGUUUUAAGGUAUCUCCAAACUACCAAAAGGUUUCGCUUAAAACUAUCAGCAGAGGGCAGCACACAACUUGAAUGUUGGGCCGACAGCAGUUGGGCAGAUGCUGGACCAGAUAGAAAAUCAGUAUCAGGAAUGGCGAUAAAAUUUGGAAAUGCACUAAUUGGUUGGAGAUCAAGAAAACAAUCACUUAUAGCUUUAAGUUCAACUGAAUCUGAGUUCAAUGCAUUAUCAGAUGUAUGUAGAGAACUGGAAUUUUAUAAGCAACUGGUACAAGAAUUGUUUGGAGAAUGUUCCCUACCUAUCAGAGUGUGGGAAGACAAUCAACCUUGUAUUAAACUAGCUAAAUCAGGUCAAUUCAAGGCACACACAAAACACUUGGAUAUCCGUUAUCAAAAUGUAUGCCAAAGUGUAAAACAAGGUUUAAUUGAACUAAAGUAUUGUCCAAGCCAAGAAAAUCUCGCAGACGGUUUUACAAAAGCUUUGAGUCCGCAAUCUCAUAAAUGUUUCUGUUCAGGUUUAAAUUUGAAUUAAGGUUGGUACAGCUCAGUGUUACGAGCGAGAGGGGGUGUUGGUAUUAAAGGGUUAAGAAGCUCUAAUCAAGACGCUCUAUUCACUGAGCAGCUGGAGGUCGUUAAGCUUCCAGGAAUGUGAGUUUGUAUAAAUAGUCAGCUCACUCGUGUGUUUGCCCCCCCUUCCCCUUUCUUUUGGGGCGUGUUUGCUGAAAUGUGUGGUUCUUCACCAGGGUUUUUUGUUUUGUGUAAAUAAACCUUUUAUUUGAGUUCCAAACCGCUUGCUCCAAGAUCCCUUUAUUGAAAAGAUGCUGACUCUCCAGCCCUUCUUGAGCCGCUGUGCGAAAUGCUCUGCUGUAAUGGGACAUUGUCGCAUCGGAAGCGCACUGGACAUUUGACUAGCAUUAAGCUAAUUAAAGUUUAAUGGGACAGGUUCUGGACAGCUGUCUUCCCAUAAGUAAAAAUAAAUUAAAAUCCAUGCAGAGCCGGUACAACGCUGCCGACGGGCCCUACGCUCAUUGGUAACACCUGAUGGCCCUGAUCCACUAAGCGCUGAGGUGGAUUGCACCCUGCACCUUGCAGAGUCAGGCCAGGCUGCCACCGAACCCAGACCUGUCAGCAACAACAAGCAACUCUGGCUCGCCCAGCCCUACCCAUUGCCACCCCACCACCGCACUUAGCUGACCUGGGAGUUCUGGACUGCGGGCUCUACUGGUCAAAACGGGAGCCUCAGCGAUUGCCCUCUCUUUCUGGAAACAAACCAGGACUGCUCCAAGAAAACACACGUGGCAAAAAGGAACGUUAGGCCCUGCUGGGCUGCUUCCUUACCAGCUUGUGAAACGCUACUUUAGAAGGAGUGCAACCUUAUGCAUAACAGAUUUAACAGAUGUGCCACCUACCCACAGAAUCUCAGACCUUCUGGGACUGAUUUUCAGUCCAUUGGCUUUCAUUCAGCUCAUUACCAAUUUGUAAGUCAGACUUCCUAUUUAGCAGAACUAAACCAGAUUAUGUAAAUACUUACAUUUGUGUCAUUCCAUGUCUUUCCAUGCAGGCAUCAUUUUAAUGUCAGUGAUUUCUAUAUAUGUUUCAUUGCCAGGCCCUGCGAAUGAAAUUCCCAGUAUCAAGGCUUCCUCUCUAUUUCACCAUUGAGGAUGAGGGUCGCUCUGUAAAUCUGACAUCUCCUUAUUUUAUCACAAUCAUAGAAGUCAACAACAGAACCAACUGGAAAGUUUCAGGUAGGGAGCGGAAGAAUCUUGGGAUUCAUCAUUAUCUUUCGUAUCGGAGAGGUUCUGUUGGAAAUACUUGUUGUCAAUAUAUUUUCAGGCUCUCUUUCUUGCCCUAUAGUAGAUGUGAGGAACCUUUGGUCCCCUGUAUGUUGCUGAAUUCCCAUCAUCCCUAUCCAUUGGCCAUGCCUGCUGGGGCUGUUGCAAGUUCUAGUUCAGGGAAGACUUGAUGUGGAAAGAUUUGAAUCUAGUCCAAUUCUUUCUGCAUGCAAAACCUAUUACACCCACAGACCCUUAAGGCCUGAAACAAGCAUAACACAACCCAUUGGUUUACCAUGGGUACACCCCUCCCCCUAGCUGUUCUUCCUCCUCUAGUUCUCCUGCUAGCUUUUACCAUGAUUAAUAGUUAUGGUGGCACUUCGGCUAUAACAAAGAGGAGUUCAGGUUAACCAACAUUUCAUAUUAAUGUUUGCCCACACCCCUCCUUUUUCACCCACUCGUGAUAAUUACCGGUAAUCACUGUUAGUGCUUUUUUCUGGGGGGAUGCAGGGGUACGCAUAACCCUAAACAUUUUGUGAAUCUAAGUUUGGCCUUAUUGAAGGGCAGUAUUUCAAUAUGAGUAGAAAAAUGAGAGUACCCCUAAACUUUUUUUUAGAAAAAAAGCACUGCUGUUUGUUAACCUCUGGAAAACUGCUGUAGAAGACCCUGUGCAGCUCUAAUACAUCAUGCUGUGCCUCUGAUACCUUUCUUACUUUUACAUUUCAUGAGAAAUAGAUCUGUCUAUUCAUCUGUAUUCAGGCCCUACUGAAAUGUAAAAAAGAAGGAAGAAACUCAAAUCUACCACUCUGCGACUGUUUUAACUGUUUUUUCAGGUACCAAUCAAACAUCAAGUAUGUUAAAAAUGAAAAAAUAUUUGGAGCACAGACUCAAAACUGAACUAUAUAAUCCAGAUGGCCUAUCUAUAACGAUAACUGUAAGUGCCAGAGAAAAUACAUACAGUGCUACCUCGGGUUACAAACACCUUGGGUUACAAACACUUCGGGUUACAAACACUUUGGGUUAUAGACUCCACUAACCUGGAAGUAGUACCGCGGGUUAAGAACUUUACCUCAGGAUGAGAACAGAAAUUGCACGCUGGCGGCACAGCGGCAGUGGGAGACCCCAUUAGCUAAAGUGGUACCUCAGGUUGAGAAUGGUUUCAGGUUAAGAGCAGACCUCUGGAAUGAAUUAAGUUCGUAACCAGAGGUACCACUGUACCUUAAACCCCAACUCUUCUUACCUUAAACUCUUUGUACCUGGGUGGUCCAACUUUGCAAACAAAGUGGGUCACAAGAGUACUCAAACCCUUUCAAAGUGCCCCAAUAUUCCUGCAUCAUCCCAGAAUUUGAAGAAGCCAUCCCAGCUUCUGAUUUGAUCCUUUUGUUGUUUAGUCGUUUAGUCAUGUCCGACUCUUCGUGACCCCAUGGACCAGAGCACGCCAGGCCCUCCCGUCUUCCACUGCCUCCCGCAGUUUGCUCAGACUCAUGUUUGUAGCUUCGAGAACACUGUGCAACCAUCUUGUCCUCUGUCGUCCCCUUCUCCUUGUGCCCUCAAUCUUUCCCAACAUCAGGGUCUUUUCCAGGGAGUCUUCUCUUCUCAUGAGGUGGCCAAAGUAUUGGAGCCUCAGCUUCACGAUCUGACCUUCCAGUGAGCACUCAGGGCUAAUUUCCUUUAGAAUGUAUGCGUUUGAUCUUCUUGCAGUCCAUGGGACUCUCAAGAGUCUCCUCCAGCACCAUAAUUCAAAAGCAUCAAUUCUUGAUUUGAUUUGAUCCUAGAAUGUCCCAUUUACCCCCUCCAGCGUCACUGCUGACCCUGGGGAGGAGGAUGCUGCGCUUUCGCACAAGUUAGCAUGGCACCAAAAGAUAUGUCCUGAUUUUCAUCAGAGGAAUGUUGGUGCCAUGCUGACUUGUCUGUGUACCUCGACACCGAACCUGCGGGUCACACAAAGCCUAGUCAUGAGGGCAGGUGGUGUGGUGUGGUGGAACAAGGCCUAAAAUUGAUGCAUGCCCCAUCCCCACCCCUGUGCUGCCUUCCCAAAGCUGGGUAAUAAAGGUAUCAGGCCUUGGAAAGGAGACAGGAGGGCUCUAGGAUCCUGUCAGCCCUCACAGCUCCUUCCCAGCACUUACCCAACUUAAAGAAGGCAGCACGAGGGUUGGGGAGGGGGCAUCAGAUGUUGCUGAGGGGUGGGGAAAAAAGCCUUGAGGUCCACAUGCAGCCCUUGGACCACAUGUUGGGCCAUUGUGCAAUAUACAUUUGACAUUGUGCUGCUGUGGUCUAAACCACUGAGUCUAGGGCUUGCAGAUCAGAAGGUCAGCGGUUCGAAUCCCCACAACGGGGGUGAGCUCCCGUUGUUUGGUACCUGCUCCUGCCAACCUAGCAGUUUGAAAGCACAUCAAAGUAAACAGGUAUCGCUCUGGCGGGAAGGUAAACGGCAUUUCCGUGUACUGCUCUGGUUUGCCAGAAGUGGCUUAGUUAUGCUGGCCACAUGAUCCGGAAGCUGUCUGUGGACAAAUGCCGGCUCCCUUGGCCUAUGGAGCGAGAUGAGCGCCACAACCCCAGAGUCGUCCGCGACUGGACCUAACGGUCAGGGGUACCUUUACCUUUUUAAUUUGCAUAUUAAUUCAAACUAUCAGAAAUUUUCUGUUCCAAGGAUAUAACACAGUUGCUAGCAACACUGAUUUUUAUGGUGUAGUUAUACACACAAUUGUGUGCAUGUAAGAUGUUUUUCUCAACAAGCAGCUCCUGUCUGUUCUACGUGGUACUGCACAUUAUUUAUGUGAAACAUUUCAAGUGAACAUGAACACUUUAUAUUUCGGUUAUAGUUUAUGACAUUUAAGAGAAUCGGUUUUUUAAAAAAUGGAGCAGCAAUAUUGAGGCAAUAUUGCACCAUGUGCCACAUUGCAGUUCAGCCAGCCAUAUCUAUAUUUCUGUUCAGGUCAUACAAAACACUUAUUUUUUUUCAGCAACCAGAUCACAUUAAUAGCCAAGGAUUACAGUUUUAAUUUAAAAAAUGAAAACAAAUGUUACUGCAUAUUAGUAACAACUUUCCCCCCCCUUUCCAACAGGGAUCUGAGCUUUUCCAUUUCAGGGUAUCAACUAUUCCUGGAGUCUCCUUUUGUAACUUAUUUGACGAAUUUCAGGUAUUGUCAUUAGCUCUUUUUUAAAAACAACAACACACAAAUUACACACAGAAUGAAUUAACAAACAUAAAAUAGGAUACAAGAUUGUACAAAGUGUUCCCACAUAUUUAGCCCUUACUUCAGCACAUUCCCAGAGAACAGCAGGAAUUAGCGGGUGCAAGGGGGACUGGACUGGAGAAGGACACUUUGGGGAAACACACAGAAGUGGAAGCUAAAGCAGACUGGAGUUUUUACAUAUAUAUAUAGCUUCAUACAGGGUGUGUCUUUUAAAAGAGGCCCCGUGGAACAUGUGUACAGUGGUGCCCCACAAGACGAAUGCCUCGCAAGACGGAAAACCCGCUAGACGAAAGGGUUUUCCGUUUUUGAGUUGCUUCGCAGGACGAAUUUCCCUAUGGGCUUGCUUCGCAAGACGAAAAUGUCUUGCGAGUCUUGAGAUUUUUUUUCGCUUCCCCCCCUUUUUCUAAGCCGCUAAGCCGCUAAUAGCCUUUUAGCCGCUAAACCGCUAAUAGCGCUAAUCCGCUAAGCCGCUAAUAGGGUUGCUUCGCAAGACGAAAAAACCGCUAGACGAAGACACUCGCGGAACGGAUUAAUUUCGUCUUGCGAGGCACCACUGUACUCUGUAUCCACAGGGCCUCUUUUAAAGGACUCACCCUGUAUAUAUGAAUGAUUUUCUGGAUGCCAAGGCCCAGAACUGAGGCAAGUACUCUUUAGUGACAGAAGCCCAGCAGAUAUUUAAAUAGCACAACUGUGACUUCAGUCAUUGACUAAGAACACUGCAAGGCAGGAGUAGCCUCUUAGCUCACAAAGGCUUUGAAUGGUGCCUGAAGAUUUUGCUUUGUCACUUCUGUUGUACAAGCGCUAGAAACACAAUUGUGGGGAGUGGGGGUGGGGGUUAAUUAAAGUUCAGAGUUUAGGCCAUGUGCUGGCUCUGGCACAGCAAUAUGCCCCCUGCCCUCUUGGCAGGCCUGCCAGUGCCAAACAUAUGACCAUGGAAAGGCUGCCAUCUCAAACAAGAGCUAAUAGAGUCACUUGGAUAAUUUGGGCCAGGUUAACUUUCUGCUCCAGCCUUUCCAAUUUAAUGCCUUCCAGGUGAUUUUGGACUGCAAAGGGCUAAUGGGGAUGGGAGUCCCAAAUGUCUGGGAAGAUUAGUCUGCUCUGGCUGGCAGCACCUCUCCAAUAUUUCAGGGAGAGUUCCUUCCUAGCCAUGCUGCCCCAAACCUUUCUGAAGUAGAAAUAGUAGUAGGAACUGAACCUUUGACCUUUUGUAAGCAAAACGUGCUUUACCACUGAACUGUGAGCCUUCCCUCAUAGAACUGAUUGUCUGAGAAUACAAGGAAAAACCUAUGCUUAACACAGAGAGCCAUACUUUCUUAGCCCAUACUUUUCUGGGUAUUUUAUUUUACGAGGUACAAUAAUAAUACAGUAUCUUGCAACAAACCGCAUGCAAUGCUUACCAAAUUGAUUUCCCUAUAAACUCAGAUGACUGCUUCUCUUCCCCCACCACUUAGAUUUGCAUAUGCCAGCUUUCGCUAUCACUUAGACCAGUUUCACUUUCUUGUUGUCAACAGGGUGAGCAAUAGUCAAUUUAAAGGGAAAUGACUGUUGGAAUUACAAUAUUUUCUGUUGCAGAUUUAUGUUGACGAUUCUCCACUGGCAUUCCCAGGAAACUCUCUUAUCACUUCAAUGACGACUAUUUUAAUGGGAGGCAUUAUUUUUGUGGCAUUUAUUCUGUAUGUAUUUGAAAUUGAGAUAUGGAACUUCUUAAAAAGGAAACUAAGAAGAAAUAAAGUGGCAUCAAAACCCCCACCCAAGAGAGCUUCAGUAAAUUCUGGUGAUUCUGCAGAAAGUUGA